UCACUGCCUAGUGCACCCACUGAUACACACACACACUCGCCAACGAACACUUCACCAGUCCUUUGGAGCCUGAGGGACACAAACACAGACACAGAAACCAAACAACAGCUAAAUUAGCAUCUAUCCACUGAAGGAGCUCUGAACUACACCACAGGUACAGUAGCACAUUUUCCAUCUUCAGCAUGUGUUUUGAUGUAUUUAUCUGAAUGAGUUAAACUGUGGUCGAUAUUUAAGCUUAAACUCUACGUGAAGCUGAUCUGGGCUUUUUAUUUCAACCUUUUCCUCGAUCUGCCAAGCAAAGAGUAAAGAUUUAAGCUCCCGUACGCUGCAAGUGAUUUGUGUAAGAGAACAGCAGGAUGCUUAAAUGAGGGCAGGAUUUUUGGCACAGAGUGUGUGAAUACUGCUGCUGAGGCUUUGUGCUCUAAACUUUUGUAUCCCCCCCACACACACACCCACCCACAUCACACGCACAUAGAAACACAACACACCAUACACCUUUCAUAGGCGUUAUCUGCAGUGGCUUAAGGUGUACAACUAGAACCUAACGAGUGUUCAGCUUGAAAAGUCUUUGCACUUUGUUUAAAACCCCACAGCUUUAUAUUCAGACAUAACUGAGUGCAAAUACAGUCUUCUUUGGACUACAGAACACUGAAGGAGGUGAAUGAUGAGUAUAUAUUCAGCAAAGUCAUAAAAGUUGAUUGGAUUUGGUGCAGUCUUGUUUCAGUGGUGCUCUAAAUCUUCCUGCAUUUGCUGAACUUGCUGGCAACACCAGACAGAAUGAGGCUGUAAUGCAUAGUGACAAAAUGGUUGGGGUAAGGUGUGAUUUUUUUUCUUUUUUUUUUUUUAAGAGACCAAAAAAGUCCAUUGGGUGUGAUCAAACCUGUAUUUUAUCUGGGAUGUUAUGCUCACAAGAUUCAAUUUUCCUUUAUUUACACAUAAUUGAAUUUCUGGCAGGAUGACGAAAUAGAGCAGAUCCAGCUUUUUGUUGUACCACUCCCAAGCUAUGUCUAAAAAUUGAUGCUCUCAAUGUCCCAAUUUUGUUUGGGGCGCUUACAUAACUUCUCUGUUGAAUACAUAAACGCCGCUCCCUCUUCCCCAACUUUUUGUUUUUUUUAGGGAAUUUGUAAAACUAGUUUGCCAUCGUUUUUACCAUACUGCUUAUUCAACACAUGAAACAGCCACUGAAGCCUGUCUUCCCUUUGGGAGUUGGUCUGUUUCUCAGCUCCUGGUUUAUUAAUAGAUUUAUAAAGAGUAAUACAAUCCUGCUUUUGUUCCUGCACGAGUAUCACAGAGACACAAAGCUACGAUAGCUCACACCGUAUCACUGAUCCUGUCAGCCUAUAAUAAAAUGAUGGAUUUUUGGAUUAUGUAACAGUUGAUAGGUUCGUCAGGAAAUAUGAGUGAAAAUAAAAGAAAAUUAGAAAUUAUGGAGUGUUGCAAAGUUUAGCCAAAGUCCAAGUUCAGCAGGUGAUGAAGUACUGCAAACAAGUAACAUAGCUGGGUUACAGCCUGGGUUAAUGCUUUUGCAUCACACAUAUGCCGUGCCUGUAGGUGGCUUUAUGGUUGUGAGCAUUACACACUCUGUGUUGGUCUACAAUACUCCACCUCAACACUAGUCAGCAGUGCAAUGUCAGUACUCGUCAUAUCCCCUGUUUCCGGUCCUGCUAUGUUCUCUUCUUGUUUGGUUCAGGAAACUUUGGCAGCUGAAACAAAGCAUAAUAUAUUUGAGUUGAAGCUGAUAAAUGUUGCACGGCAGUUGAUUGUGCUUUAAUUAUUGCAUAGAAGGAAAGAGAGAACGCAGACUAUAUGACCACUGAGGAAGAAGAGAGGUGACAGUGAUGAUGUUGGACAUGUCUACAAUGUCCAGAAGCAGACCUACCUCAGGGGGUUUUGCAGUCAGUGUUGUUUUGUAGUAACAUUUCUAAGGAGGUGCUUAAGCUAUGUGUGUAAGCUUCUGCAUAAGGUGCAGGGCCAUGCAGACAGUGUAGGUCAGAUGGAGAAGCAUAAACCAGGCUUUAGGGCUUGUUCUAGUAAUGCAGGUUAGGGGUGGGUGGUGCACUGGUUUCAAUGCCCUCAGUAGUGCCAUGUUGUGCUAUGAAAUGAAUAGUGCCAUACUUUCAACACUGCUUUGUGUUUUGUGCAAUUUUGUUUUGGUUUUAGUGGUUUGAUGACCUAUUGCCAAGAUUUGUGUCUCAAUUACCAUGGGUCUACCAACUUAAACCUCAGUUUGGUACCUGGGUUGUCUUAUACCCAAAACGAUGAAAAGGAGAAGGCUGCAGUGGUCUGACUGAUGGUCAAAGGAGCUGCUGUAAAUGUAACUCUUCCAUAGUUCAGUUAACGUUAUAGUUAAUUUAGUUAUGUUGCUGGAAUAUCUUUAUCCUUAAACAGCCACAUAAGAAAUUAGCUUGUUUUCAGUCAUAGAAACUUAACUGCACUGAGCAUCAUCUCUCGGCUUGCUGUGUUUGCUAAUGUCAUGUAAUGUAAUGUAACUGAUGUACUGGAGAGUGCCUAGAUAAGCCCCUCAGAGGGUCUUUGACAUUUGUUUUUGUCUAAUGCUGUUGUAUGUUAAUCUUUAUUACUUACAUUAAAAAACAACAUUCCCCAUAAGGUCUGCGAUUUCUUAAUGUAAUGCCAUGUAAUUACCAAGAGGAAAAAAACAAACAAACAAUAUGAUCAUAAGGUCACAUCACCCACCCCUAAUAGAGGUUAGACACUAACUGAUAAUUUAGAGUGUGGUCUGUUGGUAUACUGUAGCCUAUAGUUGUCACAACACCAUCACCAAACCUGAGAAGUCUGUUUGGGAUGCUGUGCUAGAUGCUAGUUUGUAACUAGCUGUUUCUACAAGAUAUUACACAAAUAAUUCCCGCCAUUUCUUUAGAAUUUACCUUAGUGGAGUAAAGCAGCAGAUUAGAUUUGCUUUCCUAAAUAAGAAAAAGUGAUUAUUUGUCAUCAUUUAUAGCAAUUAGUUAUAAGUAUUUUUUUAGGGGUCAGAGGACUGAAUCUUUUAAACAGUCUUGCUCUUUUUUCUUGGCCUCUCUUUGCUAAAACAACUCUUGUUCCUUGGAGUCCCUAAACCCCAACCCAUCACCCCUACUCUCCCCCCUGUCUCCCACUGGUAUUUCAAAGCCAAACAAAGGACGCUGGCACUUAAAGUAAGCCACUGAAAAAAAGCAGUGUUGUUAUUAACGUGUUUUGCAUGCAUAUUUUCUCUCUGCUAGAUGUUUCUGUUAGAUCUCUUCUCUAAUGAGCUUGGCAAUAUUGGGGAAUGGAUCCACACUUAUUCCCAUGUGCUCUACAGUCUGUUGUACUGCCUUUUUUUUUUCUUACCUCUAUCACAAGCUGGUAAAAUUUAAUCUAGAGGAUUCAGUGUCUGUAAAAGCCUUUUCCCCUUCUCAUAAGGUGUCAUAGCUAAACUCAAUCAGUCUUUUUCUAUACAUUGUUAACCUUUACAUUUCUUUCCCUGUGGUCACGGCCAUCCCCACAGGAUCCAGCUAACACCUUCUUUACGCACUGUUUAGUUUUAUUGCAUGUUUUUUUCCUUCACUAUACCUUUGUAACCUCUUUUACUGCCUUUGCACCUGCAAUGCACCAACACCAGUACAGUAGAUCUUGUCUCUUGUAUCUUUAUACCUGCUGCUAGAUGGGGCCUGGAUUGUUUUGGAACUUCCCUCCUAAGGCUGGCUGCACGGUUCCACAGAGCCUCCUGCAGACCAUGUACGUAGGAUUUGAAGCCACUCCAUUACGUACCAUAUCGUGCCACACAGGUCCCUCCCGUAAUCAGCCUGUGUUGAUUUCUCUUUGGCAUUUCCUCCAUCCGUUCCAUUCUGUCAAUCAGUCAGUCCACUGUUUCACACAUUCAUUCUGCAGCAAUGGGCCAAAGCCACUCAGUACAAUAAAUAUUCAUCAUCUAAUUACUAAACAAACAUGCACAGGACAGCAGCGGGACAAGCGGCCCAUCUGUCAUCUGACAAAUCUAGUUAGCAAUCGUUCUCAAAUCUACACAGACUCAGGAACAGAUAUUAGGGUUUAAGGCUGGGAGAAAAGCCAGACCCUAGAACUACUUAUACCUCAAACACAUAAUUAGGUGAAUUCUUGCUAGGAUAUAUACAGCAUUAGGUAAAAUGUAAUUUCAGCAUGAGUUACUUCCUGUUCUCAAAUCACAGAUCUAACAUACUAUAUGUUAAUGACAGGAGUGGCUUCCCAGCAUGUUAUCAUUCCCAGGUCAUUUUAUGUCAUUGCUUUGUUUCACUUGCUCCAAGAGUGCAUGAAACACAUUGGACCAUCAAAUAACCAGAGUGUAAACCAACAAAUUAAGUGUUGAAAGAUCAGAGCAACUCUUGCUAAUGUUGCUAUAAAAAAAAGCAAAAAAAAAAACAAACAAAAAAAAAAACUGAUAAACUCAAACCUGAUAGACUCAAGUGUCACACUUAUGACAAAAGGUUACAUUCAUUUAUGCUUUGACAGACCUGUUUGGUGUUAAUAAACUGUUGGGUGAGGCUUAGCUGGAGGCUAAACAACCACAUGGACACAUUAGCUAGGGCUAGCUAGCAAGUCGUUUUUGGUAGUGUAUUUAUUUUAUUGUUUUAAAUAUUCUGCUUUAACAGACAGCACUUUGUGCUACAUUCUGUGUAUGAAAAGUGCUUUAUAAAUAGAGUUUGAUUAGUUGAUGUUUACUCCGUGGAUGGAUGAUUUGAUGGUACUACCAAAGGUGAACAGCUUGAUAUUUGAUAUAACACUUAAUUAACUGAAAAACCAAGAGGGCAUAAGUCCUUGGAUGGCUUUACUUUUGGAGUUAAUCAUACGUAGCAAACUAACACAGAAACUCUUUUGUGAUUGUCUCCUUUGGGACUGUCACUUUUUUUUUUUUUUUCCAAAAUUUGAGUUUUACCUCAAACUUGCUUGAAAAGAGUUUGUGUUUGAAUUUAAUAGGCUGUUGAAAUUAAAAUACACGGUUUAUCUGUGCACCAGGCCAUACAAAGUAGUUUGUUGUUGGCCAAGCAGAGGCUGCUCUCAUUGUUACCUGACCACUGAAUGGUACUCUUGACCUCAGUAAAUUUAAGGAGGAUGUGGGCUGCAGCUGAGGCCAUUCUAGGUGGACAGUCACUACACCAAAACACCUGAGAAUUACUUUGCGAAGGUAUUUUAGCUUCUACACCACAGAUAAUGAGAUGCAAGACAAAGGUAGCUGUCUUACUCACCAGUGAGGCAUCACAUGAAUCACGUGUAAUAUUAAAAGGAGAGGUGCAGUUAAUCCUGAUCUAGUUGUAGACAUUUAUUUCUGGCAAAUAAUAUCGUAAUUAUUAGUCAUCAAACGGUUUGAAUUGCUGACAGGUAGUCAGUUAUUGCAAGUAUGUCGUAGUUAAAGGAGAAGGUAUUGCAAUUUUUAUCUGAUGUCUAUAUCAACGUUUGGCUGGUAUUUUUGUUAUGCUCUGGGACUAAAUGUUUUGAGACUCCUGUGAUGCUUCUACCCUCUGAUGGACUCUUCAUUUGGCCUCCAGUUAAUACCAUGAUGUUACUGUGACAUUUGCCCUAGUUGGGUCUAUUGAUCUGUUUUCUAGUGAAUACCAUAGUUGAGAAAAGAGCUUGCAACAAGUUAAAAUAUAUCUUAUUUUAAGAUGUCAUUUUUUUUGUUAGAUGGUUCGUUAAAAUACAGAGUAAGUUUUUGAAAAGAACUUUCAAGGUGAUUUUCUUAAUGAACUGGGAACAUGACAAAGUUUUAGAGGAAGAUCGCCACUAAAUGAGUUGGCGUCUUCGCAGUUUUUUAGGUCAUUUGCUCUCUUUGGGUCGUACAAACAACAAAACAGCAAGUUGGUGGUCUCCAUGUUGGGAAGGCUGUGGGAUAACAUUUCAGUAUCAUUGGACCUUUUCCUGUAAUUGUCUUGAUUGGGUGGUAAUAAGAUGAACCUACUCUUGCUUGAUUUGAGGUUUGGUGUGUAAGAUAAUCAGUCAUUAAUAAUUAAAUAAUUUUAAUGCUGAUGUCAUUAUAGUCUUUUCAAAGUGGUUCUGUUACAUUUCUGCAGUAGCCCAGCUCAAGAAAGAGCCCAGCCCAUUUUAUAUAAAUUCUGUCCUUAAUUUAGGUUUUCCUCAUGAUGAAAGGUGAGGGUGAUAAAGCAGUCAUUAGUUAUGUAAUAUACAGUCUUAUUGAGAUAUCACCGAGCACUACACCCUGUUCUUUUAAAAUUACUCCACCUAGAGAGAGGAGGAACAUAACAGCAUGCCCUGUCAUCACAAUCACAUUUCUUCUUCAGGGUGUGUGUUAUCUAUUACAGUCUCCCUUUAGAAAUGCUAGCCUUGGUACAGGCUGUCCUUUGUGGUCGUGUGAGUCAGUCCUGAAGGAACUACAUGUUCCACACAUCUCUGCAUGCAUAUCAAUGCAUCCCUGCAGUGAAAUUAUAGUAUCUAUGCAAGUUAAUCCCCAACUUAACUGAUAAUAAAGGGCAAGUCACAUUUAGAUCACAAAACAAAAAGGUGGGACCCAAGUGGAGAACUAAAAAGGUUUGGCCCCUAUUUAGUUCUUCUAAAAAGGUUUUAUUAAUUUUGUUUAUUAUUUUAAUAAAAAAAGGAAAACUCAGAGAAAAACUUACUCAGAAAAUGUCCAACUGAAAAAUCCAAAUAAUGAAAAAACAUUGGAAGCAAAAAUCCAAAGACUCAAAAAGGUACAGGGCAAAAAAACCUGUGGUAGGACAGACUUUGAAACAGAUAUGAACCAAGAACAUGCUGACAAACACAGGAAGUAAAACUAGACUAGACACACAGGAAUCAACGACUACAAAAUAAAAUGGCAAGAAACUACAAAAUAAAACAGAAAACACUGAAAACUGAUCUAAAGAAUAAAACAGAGAACACGAAAGGGAAAAUACAACUAAUUUACAAAACCAGGAAAAAAACUAAAUACACAAGAACUAAUCAUGACAUGAAGUCGUUGGAUGGUGUUGAUUUUUUAUGGCUGGCAAGUGUUAAGAGCAAGAGCAGAUGUCAUGGUGUGUUAGAGUGCAGGAGAUCAAUUCACCAAGCGAAUCCUGCUGCUGACAUAUUGGUUAUCGAAUGCCUGCGCUGAGCGACUCUGUGGUCACUGAAGGGAUAUUUCUCUUAAAUGGAAGGGUGCACACCAGAGGUAACAGCUUCAUUUAACCUGUAAACACAACAAUACAUCCCCCCUUUUGAAAGCAAAUUGUUAUUCUUUAGAAAUGUAGUUAUUUCCUGCUGUGAACUCAAAACUGAAGUUAUUUCUCUGGAUUACUGGACAAAGAUCAAUACUAAAAUAGAAACUUGAACACAGAUCUGACAUGCAUUAAUUAGAAGAAGAGAACAAAAAUAGAUUCCUGUCAUGUCAGGAUCAUUUUACAUCAAGCCAAAAAUAAACUUGCAUGUUUUCUUAUCAACUCCUUGACUUCCUUUCAGCUCUGCUUAAGUGUCGAUGAGGUGAACUUGAUUUUUUAACACCAGCAAACUAUAAAAAGUAAAUGAAAGGAAAAUGCUGUUAUAAGGUAUUAACUGGGAAUAUGGCUGAGGACAACGAACUUGUAACUUUACCAGCUACAAAAGAUUGAAUUGAUGGAAACAAAGCAGUAUUUGUUUGCCAUCAGGUUGGUUUUGACUUGUCUGCCUCCUUCCCACCAGAAUCAGGGUAAAAGGUUUAGUUGGCCAGCUGCAUAAAAAUAAAAAAAUCAUCUGAAUACAUACAUCCUUAUGUAUGUAUUCAGAUGAUUUCCUGAUGCACUAGUUGUCUCUGAUUUGUGGUGUCAAAGAAACAGUAGCAGCCAAGUUUUCAGUGGUUCAGGAAUGCAGUUAUAUUGGUUGAUUCUCAAUAGGAUGCAAAACAAGUUUCUUUGAGAUCAUGUGCUGUAAAAUUAGGCUGUUGAGCUAUAAUUUCUAAAAUAAUGAUCAUUCACAGAACUGCAACAGAUAUUUAGAGCCAAUGGGCAAACGCACAGAGGCACUGGCUUCUGUACAAAAGUUUAGAGGCCUCUUGUUAUACUGUGGAUUUUUCCUCUUUCGAAAAAAAUUCGAUUCACUACCAAUCCUACAGCUUAAAGAGUUGUAGGAUAAAUUAUAUAUCAAAAUGUACUGUUUGAUCAAGAUUGGUGUAUUAUUACUUUAUGAUAUAUGAAUAUUUUGGGACAUCAGUCAAAAAAAAAUGUAAAAAAAAUUUGCAUUAGUGUCAAUUAGUGUCAAUUAGUGGCUCCAUUUCUUUUGUUGUAUAAAUGAAUACAUGUUUGUUGGUGUGCUCCGUGUAUAAAAUAUCACAAUGCUACUAGUAUUAAUUAUUUGAAAUCUCUGAAGAAUCUCUUCAGAAUGUACACGUACCCCAGCAGCAGUAGUAGUAGAACAUAUUAUUAUUACAUAUUGAAUUUCCAAUCAAAAAAGUUCUUAUCGUGUUAAUUCCCAUGUUUACAGUUUGAAACUAUCUAAGUCCAUAUUAACAACGUUAAGCAAUGUUUCACAGUGGCUUGAUUUUGAAAUGCAAUGGCAUGGACUGAAUGAUCUCGGCUGUUGGGUUCCUUUUCAAAUCGGUUUUGUACUGCUCCAGCAGCAUGGUCUGAAACUAUGAGUCAGUGGUAGGAGACAGCUUCAAAGUGCUUACUCUGUCAAAUGCAGCGUUAGUGUUGUUUUUCAAAGCAGAGAAGUGCGAUGUCAGAUCAGUGUCAACAUGGUUUUUCUAGGACAAUAUUGAUGACUCGCUCAUGUCAGCUGAUCCUUAGUAAAUGAGACAGCUUUCGCACUUUUCUGGAGUUACAGUUUGGUUUUGGUUUGGUCACUUUUCUGUACAUUUAGGUUCUGUAUGCAUCAAAUUAUUGUUCCCCAUGACAUUUAUGCUUAUGACUGGUAACAGACGUCAACUCAAGUUAGUUUCACAAACAGGUUUGUGGUGAUUCGAACACUCUGCAAAAGUGCUCAACCAGCAUUUGUGAUGCGAUUGCUUCCUGUCAUCACUCUGAUUGGCUGCACCUGUAUGCUUCCUUUCAUCACUCUGAUUAGCUGCACCUGUAUGCUUCCUUUCAUCACUCUGAUUAGCUGCACCUGUAUGCUUAGCUCAUAGAUGGUGUCACACUGAGUACUUAGAUUAUAUAAACAUCAUCUAAUUCUGUUUGAAAGAAAGCCCAUAACACUCUUGAGUUUUUAAAUGUAUGCUUUAAAGAAUACAUGGCAUUAUUUUGGCUGCAAGAAGAUACUGCAGUGGCUUUUCUAGGGUGUGCAGGGAGUAUUUAAUCUAAAAGAAGUGGUUAAUGUGCACACCUGUGUACCACAUAACAAUUUAACUACCACCUAGGCACAAUUGUGCGUUUUCAAUCUCCAACUUUGUUUCUGUCUACACUGGAACUAAUGAACAAAAGCUGUAAAUAACAAAACACAUUUUCUCUUCAAAUUUGGAUUUACUGUCCCAUAGAUUUUGCAACUUCACUUCAAGACAGUAGUUGUUUAUAAUGUGUAUGCCAUAAAUAAACUUUUUUAUCUGAGAGACAAACAUCAAUAUGUAGGUCUACAUCUCUGGUAGGGAAUAAAAUACAGCACAAUCACUUCUGUUGGUUUUUCUGGGUUAAGGAUUCAGUGGAUGCUCAUAAAACCAGAAGGAAGGGACUGUCGUUUGCCCAGAAAACCAUUCAUCCCCUCCACAUGCUCUACUGAGCUUUGCUUCUGGACAUCUGCUUGUCCGUUUGUUUCAGGAAGGAGUCCGGCAAAUAACCCGUCUUCCCUCAGUGUGCUUCUGGUAACCACACACUGUCUGCCCGUCUGCCCUGCUGGCAUCCACCUGCAUCCCUGUGGGUGGACAAUAGAAACACAGCAACUAGAAUGAAUAUGUGAUUUUAUUUUUAGGUGUCUGCCAACUGUGCCAUUCAGCUCAAGCCAAAUUACCACAAGUCAUGGUGUGGGAAUGCAGGUGAAUUUAUGUAAGAUGUAGUGUUUGUCUGUAGCGGGUGGUCUCUCAUCUGAUAGUAGGUGACAUAUUCAUUUCUCAAUAAGACAGCAGGUGAUUAAUAAUCAGGGGGUGUUUAUUAAUAGUAGUGCUACCUUGUCAGAAGUAGCUCUGCUUAUAUUUGCUGCCAUUCUCAGCCAGGUCUCUCUUACAAAACAGAUUCUGGAUCUCAAUGGGACUAACCUGGUUAAAUAAAGGUUAUAAUAAUAGAUACAACCUUUAAAGAUUAGAGCUUGCUGUGUAUUAUCUGAACCAUGAUAGCUUCAACAGACUUACUAAUAUGUUGGUGGAUGUCAACAAUCUCCCAUAAACAGCUCAAAUACGUUAUUUAAGGCAACAAAAGGGGAGUUUCCCCCCAGAUUUGAGCCAAGCCCAUUCUUAGUCUUUGGCACCUUUGUUAGCAAUCAGGUUCAGUACUCUGUAUUUGUUACAGGUACCGAGUCGAUACAGGAGGAGGUGGUUACUCGUUCUCUGUUGCUGUUGCUGAGAUGCUUUAAAAAAGGAAUCAUAAAUAAGUGAUGGACUCAUACCAUUUAUUUACAUUUUCACACUUUCAUAAGUACAUGCCUGCAUGCUUGGUUUUUGCACCUGUUUGCAGCUGAACCCAAAAUCAGAUGUGGUGUAUUCAGUGUAUGUGUAAGUUUUAAGCUGUGCAGAUAUAGGCUGAGUCUGUUUAGCUCGCUACCACUGAGCCUCAGCCAUUCAAUUUUACAUUUUAUAUGUGAAAUUAAGAGUGGCACCAAACAAUAUGUGUUUAUUUACAAAUAGAUUUAUGUAAAUUUACAUUGCAGUCAUACUUUAUAGGCCUCACAACUAUGAUCAGACUUUUACUUGAUAAAGAAAUACAAACAAACAAGACUGGAGCUCUGUCUGCAGUGCAGGCACCUGUAAAGUCAGCUUUUUUUGUUUGUCUAAGGUAAAACUAGGCUAUAAACAUUGAUUGAAAUUUUUUUUUUUCACACCUUCUCCGUGAAUUAAUAACCCGACUCAGCAAAGUCCCAGCUGUGAGCCCAAUGAGGUGAUGAAUAAAAGUGUGCUCAUAAUUUCUUUUUUCUUUUUCACUUUUCUAAAGGUGAAAAUAAAGAUCUGUGGAUAAAUGGGCACUUUUAUUACCCCACAAAUUAAAGUUACGAGGUCAAGUUGAAAUACUCAGACCCUGACAUGAGGAGGUUCCUUCUGAUCACUAACUCAUCAGAGGGGUUCAAAUGAGGUAUAAAAAACUGAUCUUAGUCUUGAGGUUGAAGUCAGAGACGGUGUUUCUCAGUGUUAAUGGAUUGCAAGCUCAAAAACAAAUGAACCUCAUUUAAUCUAAUUCGUAUCAAGAUAUUGUUUUAUAUAUUUGUAAUUCAGUUUGGACCACUUUUGUCAGAAAUCAUUAUUGGUUUGCAGUAACUGUGUUUUGGGAUCAAGCUCUGUGAUUGCUAAGAGCUCCCCGCCCUUCCAUGUGCUGACAUGGAACGCCAAAGCCUGAAAGAAGAGGUUUGUGCAAACCUCCUCUUGGUUUGAUGUGCAUACAUGAAAAGACAUGUAAAGACCUUCGGAAAACAGAGCUAAGCUGGUGCUACAUAUGACUCAGAUCAAAAUCAGACACAGGAGGCAGGCUGCAAAUCAGCUGUAGAGGAAGACGCAAGAGAGGGCAGUUUAAAUAAGAUGUUCAUUUUGACAUUUGCCAUCUGGAUGCAUAGAAGGUAACCAGAUGAGCUGUCAGCAUAGAAGGGCUGGUAUUUGGGUCAGUGGAUUUACUGUUUGCUGAGCUUGACUUUCACAGCCUGCCUGAACUAGCACUGCACUAAAUAUGUUCUCAAUUCUGGUCGACAUCCAAGGCACUUUUUUUUAAAGCUUUACGACAUGAAUUCAAACAUCUGAAACCAAUGCAAUGUAAAUAUGUAUUUAAUAAUGAAGAUUACAGAGGCUUGGUGCAUAAACUCUGCACACAUCUGAAACACUUGUAGCUAACAGAAGCUAAUCUCUGCGCAGGAGCUACAAGACAGUCCCGCCAAAAAAACAGACCCUUGAGGGGGCAUGCCCUUUCACAUCACGACUCUGGUGCCAUUACUGUGAGCUGUGGCAGAAAUAAACCUUUGAGUGAGAGUGUUGUCAAAGGUGUGAACACAACACAGUGCCUCUGGACACUCCCUGUGUCUUCAGUUUUUUCACUUGUUUAACCUGGAACAGCUUGUCCUUUCUUCUGAAUAUCUCACAAAAAUGUUGAGAUUUCAUCCUAAGCUGAGGCAGCUCUUCAAUUUCCUGUUACAGCCAACUUCUAAGGCUAGUGAGCACCACUUUUUAGAAACACAAAUCUUUCAUCUCGUGCUGCUGUCACUGUUGCUUGGAAGAGAAAGUGCUGCUCGAGGGUUUUAGUCUGGAGAUGAUAGCUGAUAUUUAAUAUUUAAUCCUCCACUUAGACACUGAUAUCUCUGCUCUGGGUAGCUUCAAAUCCAUGGAAGACUACUGUCAACAUUCAGCUGCUGUAAAUAAUUGAAAGUUUAAUUUUAAACUGUGAAGACAGCUUAGUAACCUUGGUUUUAGGACUCUUGUAGGCACUAUUUUUCUACUGGAAGUGGUGUGAAAACAUGUCAUAAGAUGAACUGGUGACUUGAGGUGUACCCUGUCUCUUAUUGAAUGACAGCUGGGAUUGACCCCAAACAGAGUAAGCAGCAAAGAUGGUGGAUGGAUGAAUGGAUGUGCAAACUUUCCAUCAUUAGUUUGUUUUGCAUGUGUUGCAUAAACCAACAGGAUGGACGAUGGCGAUUGGAGGGAUGACAUGUAGGAUGGGUGACAUGCUGAACAUGUCACUUCUUUUCUUCUCUGUCUGGAAGAAGCCCCUUCAGGGAAAAAUCACCCUCACAGCUCAAAAAUGCCAUCAACUGAAAGGUUAAGAUAUAACUGCUUAGACCCGCCUACUCUUCCUGCUUCCUCUUCAAAAUGUUCUGCAACCCACCUCCAUCCUAGCUUCUCUAUUUAAUGCUGUGUCUGAUUUUAUCGAUGUGAUACGUCUUGUCACUGAUGCCUGAUCUUUGCUGCUGCUCUCCCUGCCUUAGUCCUCAUUAUUCUGCAUAAGUAAAAGGGAGAGGAUUUGCAGCUAAAUAUAACUUCAUGCAUGCAAAUAAUUAUUUUUGACUUAAGUGGUCUUAGCUGAAUUGGAUAUCAUUGACCUACAGGGUCAGUAAAAAUGAUUCCACACUAAGGCCAUGUCCACACGUAGCUUAGUAUUUGCUUCAACAAAUAUAUUUUUGUACGUUUUGGCCUGCUAUCCACAUGGAGCAGCAGAAUUACGUCAUUAAAAACUGCGCUUUUGGAAAACUCAGGCCAAAGUGAAGAUUUUGGAAAACUCUGGUUUUGUUUUUGCAUGUGGUUCCUUUACCUUAUGAGCUAGGUUUGAAGGAAUACAUUUCAACACAUCAUCAAUUAUCAGGUUAUAAAACAGAAAUUGCUGGUUUGAAAACACUUGAUCAGCUGUUACCAUAUUUAGUUUUUGUAUUUGUUUCCUCUUUGCAUCCUCCCUCACUGCCCAAACAUCACUUUUUGCUUUUAUAGCUUCUGUUUCUGAGUCCUCGUUGCUUGUUGCUUGUAACCGGUCACUCCAUCAUGUCCAACUCUUUGUUAGCUAGAAUAAUUGUAUUAAUGGUGGUGUGUGAUCACAGUGAAGGGCAGGUGGACUGGGAUGCAGUGAUCUUUGGAGGGCGAUUUUCCUCUUUGGAGUGUAGCAGCCAUAUGUCUCAUUAAUACACAUGAGCAGAGUCUGUGGCCUUGUAGCCUGAGUGUGCUGACCCCUGUGGAGGGGAAAGUCAGCAUUUUAACUUUGCCUGUUAGAUCACUGAACCAGAAAGAUGAAGAAAAAUAAGAUGAGUAAAAAUAAAAUAAAAUAAAAUAUAUAUUUAGUAUGAUUCUUAAGUUUUAAAUCUUUGUCUGUCAUGAGGUGGUUUUAACUAAAAUGACAUUUAUGUUUCCCAGUUAGGAACUGAAAUUGUCUAUUUCAGGUUCUCCUCUCUUAUUUCCUCUUAUGCCAUUUUGUGCUUGCCUAGUUUCCUGGUAUUGAUUCUGUGAUUGUACAUUAGAUCAAAUGCUUCCCCUCCACAUAGCUGUGUAAUUGAUUUCCUGUCUAAAGAGGGGUUUUCUAUGAGCCUCUUCAGUGCGCCUACACUCCCCAUAAGUGCUCAACGGCCAUUUGACUACUGUGAGCCAAAGUACUAGCCCCAAAACUUCUAUUGACUAUGCAUGACAUAAAAAAAAAAAAAAGAAAAAAUGUUGACAUUGAUUUAUAUAUGAAUAGGCGCCCUGUCAGUUCAACUUAAGGCUUAAAAAAAUCAACAUUUUGUGAUACAGUGUGACUAUUGAAUUUGUCUUCGGGGAUCAAUCAAGUUCUUCAUAUCAUACCAUAUCAUAUCAUAUCAUAUCAUAUCAUAUCAUAUCAUAUCAUAUCAUAUCAUAUCAUAUCAUACCUUAAAAUAACCAUGCAGACAAACUCUACAUUUAAUGUCAAAGAAGAGAAUGUCACCAGUUAAAACACAUCAAACUGUCACUUAUAUGCAACAGGUGUGCUAUAGGUGCAAAUCCUCACCACCUCCAUGCUUUUCUUUGGGUUAUAUUGAGGAUCUCUUUCACGCAUGCUUAGGAACCAUCACGUCAUUGCACUUUUAUAAAAAAAAUAAAUAAACAGGAGAUAAAUACAGCCAUAAUGGCUACAGAUAAAAUGCUUUUUUUUCUUGUUUUGGAGUGGAAAAUGCCUCUGAAUAUGUUCACUUUAUCUGUGUCAUACACUUUGCUUACUUCAGUCAAUCAGCUGGAACAGCAUAGCAGCAUUGCAUUGUGGGAGAGGUUAGGCUAAACUAUCCUGUUAAGGUGAAGAAUCCAGAUGUUAAACAAGUUUCAUCAAUAUAAAAUGAUAAGCUCAUAAGUUUUUGAUUUUUGGGGUCCUCAUCGAACCAUGAUUUAGUUCUUUUCCCUUGAGAAAAGUUGAAUAGUAUUUGGUUACAUUCCCUGAUAUUAUAAAGUUACUUAGAGCUUGUGGUUCUGAGUCUUCAUGGAAGCUCCUAACAAGCAGAACAGCCCCAGGUUUCAGUGAAAGUAGAGAGAAAUCCAGCUUGUACUUGUCUUUGUUUACAAAAGUGUCUUCAGUGGAAUGGGGAGCAAAAGCAGCUGUGUACUUCCCACUGCUUUCCUGCACCUUCAUGUAGGGAGCAAACAACAACUUUGACAGUUUUGCACAACAUUUUGCUACAUUUAGCUCAUAGCCCAAAGAACUCACAUCACAGUAAUUGUCCUGAAAAGAUGGAGUGUCAGACUGUACCUGGGGCAGGCACUGCAAAACAUUCAAAACUGUCACAAGUGUCAUGUCUGAUUAAAAGUAAAAGAGAGUCUUACGAGUUUUGAUUGAAGUCAGAUUCACCAGAAAAAUCUCUGAUUUCAAAAGAUUACACAGCAAAAGUCAGAAGUGAAUUGCUCGCUAUGGGAGAAGAAAAUAUGUAAAUGGAAAAAGAAAAGUUUAGUUUUUUAACUUUAGGAAACAUUAGUUAAAGUUCUUGAAAGGGCAAAAUGCAUUAUUGGAGAUUUUGAUGAGUAUUUUUAUUUUGUAAUUUUUACUCAUGAAAAACAACCUAGGUCUUAUUUUUUGGUCUGUAAUAUCUUUGGACUUCAGUGGCCUAAUUUUAAGCCUGAUAGACAAUUUCUUUUGCUAGACAGUCACUUGCUAAGAUUUGAGUCUUUGCCCUGAUAAAAACAAAACCCAUAAUAUUUGAAACACUUUUUACAUGCUUACAGUUAUCUGAUUAAGGCCUACGUUUUAAAACCUCUUGUGGAUUUGAGCUCUCACCGAUAUUGUCAAUUGUAACUUAUCCUGGUGUUAUGAUAUGUCUUAAUGUUACUUAGAGGAAAUUUUACCUCCUGCUGAUGUUGCUAUGUGAUAGCUCUGCACUUGUGAUAGCUUGGCUGAAAACUCGGUGUGUUCAGUGUGUUAUUUACUCAGGGAAAAAAAAACCUUCAGGCAAACAGAGAAAAUAAUUGAUUGAACUUUGCAGUAAGAUUGAUAAUUCUCUGUACACAAUUGCUCAGGAUGACAUGGGCCGGGAUUACUGCAGCUGUCAUGGUGCUGAUCAUUGUAAAGCCUGUUAUGUGUGUACUUUUAAUCUGUCUUUCAUUUGUCUGAACAGCACAGUAGAUCACAGUGAUAAUCAGAGACAAUACAAACGUCGUCUUGUAACCCUAGAUUAUCUGGAGGAGGAGGAUAAGAAAGCAAAGAGACAGGUAGAGAGAAAAGGUUACUAUGGUGUGACUGUGGGAGGCGUGAUUUGGUGAGAGGUCAAGCAGAGCUAACAGAACAAAAGAGAGGGUUGUGUAAUCUACAGCAGGAGAGGUGAGCGCACUGAUGCAAUUACAGCGAUGGAAACGCAAAAAAUAGUAAUACUGAGGUGUCAGCUCUGCUCAUGCUGCUUAUAAAUAACCCUGUUCAAAACACAUAAAAUACAAAAAUGAUCCGAUUAUUGUGAAGAAAGAAAAAGAUAAAGAGCAAACAUAAGAGUAAAGGGAAGUGUAAUUUUUACCAGCUGCUUUUGUAAGAUGGUGGGAAAAUAGUGUGCAAUGUAAAAAAAUCAGUGAAGAGAAAGUGAGCCAGACAGGAUGGAACCAAGCUCAGUUGUCAUAGCAACCCUGUCUGUGCAAAAAUAAAGAGGAAAAAAAAAAAAGAAUGAAAGAAGGAGAGACGAGAAACUGGGACAGGUCCAAUUUUUUUCUCAGCAGCAAACUGCUGGAGAAGCGGACUGUUUUCUCCCCAAACCUGAGGAAAAAUGCCCCGUUUGUUCUGGGAGAAAGAGCUCCUUCUGUUGGCAGCGUGCCUUCACAGAGGAGGACAGGAGAAAACAGGUCUGUAAAUAACUUCUCACCCACUGACACUUUGGCUGCCUGUGCUGGGAUGAAGUGAAGCUUUGAAGUCAGGCUCUCCACAGCAGAGACUGUGAUGGCUACAUGGCUCACGCCCCAAAACUGCACAGAAGAGGUGAAAUUAAACACUAGGACUCUGUGAUGUUGGAGGGAUACAGUGACAGAAAACGGUUAGAGUCUACAUGAGUUUAGGAAUCAACACUAAGUAUAAAAAAGGGUUAUGAGGAAUGAGAAUUCUGAAAUGCUUGUCUUCAGUGGUGCACUCGAAGGGAGGGAAGCAGAAGGGCUGGCUGCCCCCCAUGGCGCCAUCAUGUAUGAUAAAUUGCAGAGGUGGCUCCAUGGAUGCCCCUGUAUCGAAUGAAAUAAUACAAAAAGUCUACUUAGAUUCCCCUCUAGUGGAUGAAACAUACUGGAAUAUGCUCUAACAUGGCCUUCCAGUGGGUAAAACAUGAUAAUGGGCUCCCCUGGUGACUUAACGUGUAUUUUUAAGGUUUGUGAGUGACAUUUAAUGGCCCCCCUAUCAGUUAUGUGAUGAUUAAGUAAGUAGAAAUUCAUCUGAACUAUGAAGACCCUUUAAAAAAUAUCAUACUCCAUUAGGAAGUAGUAGUAGUAGUAUCUAUUUUUUGGUGUAUUAAUCCAUUGGUUAAAUUUUAAAAAGAUUUUGGUCAGUUAGUGAAAAAAAAUCAUGCUUCAUUCUACCGAUGAGGAUACCCCCUUGACCCCUUACAUUUGUCUCACUUUGUUAAAAUGCACACUCAGUGUGGGUAACUUGAAACACUAGCUAUACCAAUUCUGUACUCUCUUAGCUGUCAUUGUCAAAAUAACACAAAUUCCACCAUUACAGGCAGGUAAUGGGCUGCUGUGCAACAACCCUUACAGGACGGCAGAGAGGCAAAAACUGAAGGACUUACAAACAUUAUCAAUGAUCACAAUCUCCUGCAUGCUAGUAACAGAGCCCUUGUCUUUUGUCAUUAUCUACCUACAAGUUAAUGUCAUCAAUAUACAAGUAAUGUCUAGUUCCUGAAGAAGGCUGUCAAAAACAAUGUGUGUUUUCGUCUGAUGACAAUUACAUCCUGGACUCUGAUACAGAGACUAUGGGCUCUAUUUUGGUGCCUCGCCGGAGAUCUGCCGCAAGCGCAGCGUCAAUCAGAUCCGCCGCGCUGACAAGGCGUUCCCAAGCACAUUUUGGUAUUUUGGUGAGCCGCGCAGCCCGGCGUAAGUAUCCCCCCUCCCUAACUCAGCUCCUCCCAGCAGCAUAAGUCGUAGACGGGGAGGAGAGAGGGCGUGUAGUAGAUUUAACACAGCCGAGACCUGUUUUCACCAAUCACAUAAGCUCCUCUCCUUGCCUUUAAAUCCGCCACCGGCGAGGCGUAUUACUAUUUUCAUGAAGUAGUCUAAGAGAUCGAGAGAUGUCUGAAGACAGUUAUGCCACACGAUGGCGACAGAGGGCAGCUGCUCAACAAGUGUCCUCCACACUCUCUCAUAUGAGCACAGAUGGAUUUGGUGUGUGUAAUGUUGGACCCACUGGUAAGACAAACACCCUUUUCCACAAAUAAAGACACUCACAUAAAGUUGCAUAUAUUCAAACCUCACGUGACAAAGGUGGGUUUAGCGCACAGAUCACAACAUAAACUCCAAAAAUGGCAUUAAAAUCGGAACCAUCUGUGCGUAAAUGACGCAUCGCGCUCCGUGGCCUGGCUCUUUCUUUCAUAGAUGUUGGCAUAUAAAAUAAAUUUGGCCCACAAAACUGAAUAUUAUAAUAUCCGUAUGUUGGCUUAAAGUAGAUCACGCAUCUGAGCACUGAAACAAAUCAUCUGUUCAGCCGCAGCAGCAAGCAAGACGGACAGAGGACACGGAGACGUGUCCAGGUCGAGCUGUGCGAGAAAUAAGACGAAGAAAGAAAAGGAGGGAGACACAUUACAUAUCUUGUUAACUUCAUCAUGUGUGUUUAUUUACUAGAUAUUUAAUUUAAUUUGAUGCAGUUUCAGCUGUAUUGAUUCGGUCAGGUUGUGUGCCCAAACGCGUGCCAAACGCGUGCCAAACGCGCUCAUCAGAUCAGAUAUAGAUCAGAAUAUAUCGAUAUAGAUCUAAAUGUAUGUGCUGACUCAGAUUAAUAGUUGUUGAUGAUUAUUUAUUGCACUGAAAUGUGCCUGACACUGUGGAAACCUGCCGGUGAGGCAUCAGUGACGUAUGUCGAUACGCCGCCGGUCUACCAAAAUACUACUAGACCAGCUGCGUUCCGCCUUGCGCUGAAAGCUGACCAGGUUUGAAUCGGCGAGCUUUCAGCGCACGUUACACGCCGGUGGCGAGCACGAAAAUGUCACUGCGCCAGCUGAUUCUGUCAACACCUCCCCCUGCCACGCCACCACGCCCAGCUUGGCGGAUCUCGGCUCGCCUCCGUGCGACUCAGUCCACGAAAAUACCAAACUCGCCUUACGCCGGGCUCCGCCAGACGAAAAUACAACUGCGCGGUGCUCGCCGCCUCACCGGCGCGAACGAAAAUAGAGCCCCCUGUCAAAACUGCAGAAGUACAUCUGAACUCUCAUCCCAGACAUGUUUUAAUCAGAGAGGAGAAGCUCAUUCAACCAAGAUUUUUCAACCCAAAACAGAAAAAUUUACAGGAAUGCCCUCCCAGGUGAUAAAGUUUGUCCAAACAGACAAAUAAAUAAGAGGUAAACCUGUACAGGAAAUUAUCUCGAGAAGCACUUUGGUAAAAUUGUAAAGACUGGACUACUCUGGGUCCAUCAGUGAUAUAUCCUGAUUCCUAUCCAAGCCUGAAAAGUUUUUCCUGAUAGUAAAGCUUAAACACAGGUCAUAUUUUGGGAACCAGGUCUGCAGCCGGACCCAGAACUCUAGAAACUUCCUGAAACACCAAAGAACUGGAGAUUGGACUUGAUGAUGUCCUGGGGUCACACAGAACCACCAAAAUAAGUGGACUCAGAUAUCAAAUUCAUCCCUAUCUGAGCAUUAGGAAGACUUCUCUCCAUACAUAAAAAAGCAUGAUGGACCCACAUCCACACACUGACAGAUUCACUAAUAAGAUGCACAAACUAAAUUUAAAAAGUUGUCUUCAUGUGGAAACAACUUCCCCAUAGCAAAACUUAAAGCCAUCGGUGAGAGAACAGCAGCCCUCGAAUCUUUCCACUGGCAGCAGUGGCGUCAUGCAGCCAAAUAUAGCCCCUGUAAUGCAAUGGUAAUUGAUUUCACAACCAGAUUUCUUACAUAAGCAUAUCAGAAUGAAAGAGAGGGUGAGAAAAGGAGGGAUGGAUAAGACGGUGAGAUGGGCUGCAGUGAUUACAGGGAAAAAAACAGGAGGAUUAAAGAGAAAGAAUUGGAAGGGAAGGAACAGAAUUAACCGAGGGUUAAAAGAGGCACACGCAGGCUGUAAAACAAAGAGGAAGGCUGUGGGGAAAGAUGUGUUGGUAUGAAAACAACUGUCAAACAACGGUGAUGGAUUCAAUAUUUGGAAAUACAAAGGAACAAAAAGAAGCAGAGGCAGUUAGGAAGAGUGUGACAGGAAGACUUAGACAAGCAGAGAUUUACAAGUAGAGGAUGCUGAGAAAAAACAGCAGACAUGAUGCCCAGAUAGACGUAAUAUAUUAAUUCUAUUACCUUAGCUUAGUGGGUCCUUUACCCAGGGUGGACAGACUACUAAAUAUUCUAUCCCAGUGAAAACACAGUUACUUUAAUGACGUUUUAUAGAAGUACAAUUACAAGUCUGUUAAUCCACUCAAGUAAAUGUAAAGAGUGAUCUAGUUCAGAUGUCAUUAAAGUACUGAGAAGUACUCAGGGGUUAGGGGUAGCAAGAUUCACACGACACAUGUUGUUGUUGAUAAUUUUUUAUCAUUUAUGAAAUAGACCGAAAUUCACAUUGAUGUUUUUUUUUAUGGUAUACAAAAGCAAACGGGGCCAUCAGCGACAAGGCUGACAGGAUGAGGUAUUCGUCCAAAAUACUACUUUUUAACAAACAGGGCUACAGAGGUGUUACUUUCUCCACAGGGAGCACCAAAAUUGACACACACUUGAAGUUCCUCACAACAUCUAAACGUUCUGAUUUUCAGAUCUAAUCAAAAAAGUAAGAGUAUACAUAAAAGAGUAUACAAAAAAAAACUUGAACAUAAUGAUUCACACUAUUGAAUAAAUGCAAUACUGAUGUGAAAAGGGUGGUUUCAGUUUUUGAAGCUCCUCCUUGCCCACCAUUUUAGUUUGACAUCCUUCAGAUUCUGUUGGGGAACACUCUACAUCAACAACAAAAAGCAGUUUGGGGUGAAAAUGGUCACAUAAUACAAAACCACAAAACAGCAGACCGGCACAGUUAGCAAUAAAGCUUUACAUCUGAAGAUCUGGACUUAUCCUCAGAGAGCAAAAACAGGUCUGAAAAGCAGAUCAACAUCCAUUUACAAGACAGACAGACCCUACGUGAACUUUUUAAAACAAUCUUACACUGCUAUGAAAUCAUUCCAAAGCAUAAAUUAUGUUGUUAAAGUGGGAGCCCUGCUUAGGUUUUGUAUAAUUUUCAGGAGAUGGAUCCAUAAAUAUACUCGAGCCUGGGGUGAAGAUCCUAAUGAAAGGAAUGCAAAUAUAUCUGGAUGUACACGGACGGUUAUGGAGCCAAUAUUGUAAAAAAAAGGAAACAGUUAUGUAAGAGAGGAGAGCAGGAUUUAUGGAGGUGAAAUGAGGAUAAGGAAGUAAUCCUUUAUAUUUAUCCUACAUCCUCUAUGCUCAGCGCUGGUUGCUGUGCAGCUUGAAAAUGUAGGCAGUGCUGUGCUCACUUUAAGUGAGUUAUCUAUCUGCAGACGAAGCUCUUUGUCUGUUUCCUCUAUUUAUGUUAAACAUCCAAGUCUUUUCAUCCCAGCUUAAGGAAGUUUACAAACUGUAUUUAUUAAUCCCUGUGAGCCUUAUUCUUCUGGUUUUCAGCAAAGUCAGUGACAGGAGAAAGCUUCAAGGCAGCUAAAGUAUAUUAAGCUUCAUUUUCUCAACUACCCUUGAUAGUCUCCUUAUUGAUGGACUAUAGACUGAAUAGAAACCUCUUGUGCUCCUCCCUGCUGACAUGGGAGCAAAGAGGUGAGCAAAUUGGACAGAUACUUUAACCUAUAAAGUAUAUGUCUAUUCGUUUAAUCAUUCGUACAAUGACAGAGCUGGUGGGAAUAAAGGGGCUAGAAAACUACAGCUAAUGACCACAGACACAGACUGGCCUCUAUUUAGAGUGGGAAAAUUAAAUAGCUGUUUUUCUACCCCAAACUGAGGCAGCAUUUCUGGAGCUUAACUUGCAUAAUAAUUCAAAUGAGUUGAAGACAAACAACAGUAACCUACUGCAGUUUAACCUAAUGAAGAAUCUCUUUGUAGACUGCAGCAACACCAUCGAAGUGUUGAGCACACCCAGGGAGAAAGAAGAAAUUAAUAGAAAUAUGGAGAAAAAACAAAUGAAAACGGUACAUAGGUUUAUUUCUGAUGGGGGUUUCAAGGGAAAAGGAUCAAGUGAUGGAGAGACAGAAAAGACAGACAGCUUUACAGUAAAGUGUGGGAACAAAAGGAGGAGAGGUGUUGUUGUUUGCCCUCUCUUCUCAAUUUAAUACUCCUUGUGGCUUCAUUCCAGUGGCCUCAGAAAGGUCAGACUCACCCUUUUAAUAAAUAAACUGGUCACAGUGGGAGGAAGCAAGUGAGGACAAAGAAUGGGAGGAGAGAAGAGUGGAGAAAAAACAAAAUCAUCAGGCUUAUUCUCAGGUUUAAAAGGCCUCACAGGUCUCAGUUUAAUCAUUGAAAUGAACUUACAGCAAACAUUGCUCAUUUUUACAUUUACCAAUUGGAUGCAUUGAAGGUUAUCAGCUGAGGUGUUUGCUGAUAUGGGCUGGUGUUGGGAUAACCGUGGGCUGAACUUGACUUUGUGGCCUUUCUGAAUUAACACUGUCCAAUUUGUGUGCCUUUAACCUCUCCUGUCUUUUGUGGUGUUUCUCAGUUUGUCAGCUGUUGACAAACUGUCAGAUUAACCAGAUUUAUUUCUGUUUAUCAUUACAGUAAGUCCUAAAUGAGACUGUGAUAAGAGAGCUGCAUGUUUAGCUGCUGCUAUCAAGAAAACUCAGACCCCUGCAUUAAAAAGUUGCUAUGUACAUGACCAUUAAGAAUGAAGUUCUCACUCACAGCUGUGUGAUAAACAAUAGUCAUGUUUACAUGGGCAAAAUUUAUCGAUCCGAUUAAAAAUUUGAGGGAUUGGAUAAUCUGAAUCCACUGUUUACAUGGGUGCAAAAUCAAAUAAUCUGAUCAUGGCGUGCGUAUACAUGCACCAGGUUUUAUUCAGAUUACAAGCACUUGGUUGUCAAAUUUAGCUAAAACCACCGCAGAAGAUUGUAUUGAUGCCUGUGCUGUCAACAAACCAACAAACACGGUAGUGGCUCACGCCAUCCAAUUCAGGAUUUUUCCCCCUGUUAAAUGUUGUCACUAGAUGGCGCCCUUGCGUACUUAUUUUACUGUUCUGUCAAAGGUUGCUCUGUCUGUGCAGAUGUGACAUCAUUAUGCUGUAUGUACGCCUUGUUAUGUUAUCGCAGGAGCAGACACGGCAUCUGCGGUUGUGUUUUAUACCAGAGUGUUAAUAAUGAAACCUCUUGAACUAAUUCAAUAAAUAAACCAAAGACUAAAGAGUGAAGAUUGGGUCAGGUAAGAGAGUCACGAUCGGAAUAAGUGUUCACAUGUAUGCAUUUCAGAAUAAUGAUCAGCAUAAACCACCCCUCUUGAUCAGAAAACAAUUACCUUUCCGAUUGAGCCGAAUUGAAUUAGAAUCUUCCGAUCGACAUGUUUACAUGAUACUUUUAUUCCGAUCGCGCAUUUAUUCUGAUUAUUUGUGCCCAUGUAAACACAGCUACUGACUCUUUCAUUUGAGAACCUGGUUAAAAGUAGUAAACUGAGGUAUGAGGUCUGAUGAUGUACCUACAGUGGCCUAAACAUUAUUAUUUGCACCUGUUGAGGCACAUAAAUGUAUUAAUUUGACUAUUUAUCCAAAUGCAUGAUUUGUUUUAAAACAGAAAAUCCUGAUCAUUAACCUCCUUCAUUUGUCGAGCAGCCUUUUAAUAAAGGCUUUUACUUGCAAAUCCAUUGUGGAGACCAAAGUUAGACUGGAAGGCAGUAAAGGCAACAUGCAUUUCAGUCAAUUUAAAGCGAUGAUACAGCACUUCAGUCAUGAUGCCCCCCGGUUGGCAUAGGUUCAAGAGAGGAAACAUAUUUUUAAAGGAAUGGAUGAACAGACUGGAUCACAGUUCCUGUUUAGCACCAUUUAAAAGGGGCUCAUCCAAAGAUCUGAAACUUUCUGCGUGCUAAAGGGUCAGCCUGUGAACUGUAGCAGAGUUAAGAGACAUUAUAGCUGCGUCAGGUUGAACCCUUCUUUUAUCUGUCCUUCGAUGAAGUGCACUUAUGAGGUUGGCUUUUCUCUUGUGUGCACUGGUUCUCACACUCUGGGGUCACACACAUACACAAACACACACUUCAUCGGAUGUGUGGAGUGACUCUGUCUAGCAUCUGGGCUUUGUCCCUGUAAGAGUGUGUGAUAAAAACAGAGAUUGUGCUACGCAGCUGCCAGAGAGAGGGAGGAAACAGAGGACAAAUAGGGAUAUAAUCAGAGAAAAGAAGAUGAAUCCGACAGAAGGGUCAGAAAGAUGUGUGCAAAAUGAACUGUUGAUGUCACUUCUAUCCAGAGUCUGUUUUGGUGUUAUUUUCCCUGGUAUUGAGCUGAGAUGUCCCUUAAAAGCAUGUUGCGCUCUGAGUUCAGUGGAAGUGGCUGGGAUGUUGUUUAUGCUGCACAAAGCACAAGGAACAUUGUGUUGUGUCAGGCAGACUUAAGCUCAGUCACAGAGGAAGAAGGGACAUCGGCAGGCUGCCAAGAAGUGAUCCUUGACCAGAGGAGGAAGAAAACAAGGAUUAACCUCACAAAACAAAAGAGAGGUCCAAAAAUACCUCAAAGCAUUAGAAAUAAACAGAAGUUGAAUAAUCUGAUGAUGUCUGAUUUGGAAACUAGGGCGGAUAAAGCACAGAUGGGAGAGACUGGCUCCCUGACUGCUGCUGAUCACUAACACCAUAACUAUUGUAAGAUCCAGACCAUAAAUUGCACCAGUACAUAAUCUGCAGUCUGUCUUGGGGAUCUACUGGGGGAGAAAAGGGUUUAACUGUCUCUCUGUAUGAAAACCUCUGUUGGAAUUCAGCGUACAGUUUCUCUGCAGCUGUGUAGCUCCUUCCACUAUCAUCUGCUUUUACUAUCCUGCAAACUACCGGCACAGUAAAUAAUUUAGGAAUACUUUAGCAUUCAUAGGUGUGAGAUUUGUUUGCUGUGCAGAGAUUUGCACCAUUGCUGUCUAGAAAUCUUAAUGAGCAGACCAGCACACAAUUUUUUAAACUAAAUCCUACUGUUUUUUUAUAACUUCACGAUCUUGACAUGGUAAGGGAGAAAGCAGCAACUAAUUUCUUUGAGCACCAUCUUCCAGGUGAAAUACUGUAACACAAUAAUAAACCCCUCUCUGCAUUUUAUAUUAGUGUACUGUUGUAUAACAGCUCACCUUUUAGAAAAGUGCAUCUCAUACACAGAACUUUAUGGCACCUUGAGUCAACCAGUCGAAGAUUAUGUAUAUGUUUUGACAGAAAAAGUGUUUUCACAGUUGAAUUAUCCUCUUUGUCAUGCAGGAGUUGUUUCAUCGCUGCUAUAAAUUUAUUAUACAGAAUGGAGCAGUCAGAUUUUGGAUUUUCUUCAAUGCCUAAAUGUCGUGCAUGGUGCAGUGGUGAGAUGGUAGAGGCAUUCUAGUUGCUAAUUGUAGCUUUGGCUGCAUGCAAAACAAUUUGUUUGGUGAAGAAAUGAGACGGAACACAAUUGGCCGUAAAGCAAAAACAAAUCAGAAAUUAUCUGCUGUAGAAUUGUUUUUUUUUUAAAUCAGAUUGAAUAAACAGAGUUGUGCAGGCACAUCUUACCCAUGAUAACAAAGCUACAAAAAGUUGCUCAUUACUCCCAAGCUUUACGUAAACAUACUGGAGGCUGCAUGGCAAACAAGCUUACAUUUUACUCCCAAGUAAAUUUGAGGCCAACAAUAGGUGGGUCUGGGGUUCAAAAAAAUUAAUUUAUUGCAUUUGUUCUUAAAGAUGGCUUUUAAAAUACCUGUAAAGAGUUCGCUGAUUGCUAUCAUUCUGAAAAGAAUUCCUAGUAGUCAGACAAAUGUAGACAGUGGAGUUGGGGAUCAGUUUUCUCAAACCCCAGACUGGACUCUGAAACCGCAUAAACUGAAUAGCUUUUCUCAUUUGACACACAACCUGUUUGCUUCUUGCGAGUGUGUUUGCUCCUUGUUUUGGCACUUGAUGCUUAUAUUCUUAGGCAGGAACAGCAGGCAAAUGAAAUCAGCCAACCGAGCAAUAACCACAAAUAAACCAAUAAUUAAGUCACUAAACUCACGAACAUUUAGAUAACGUUAUUAUUGUUAUCCAAUUAGCAUCGAUUAAAAUCUGCCAAGGAGAAUAAACUUUGUAGCUUUUUUAUUUCUGGCCUGAAAUGAGGUGCUAUAAAUGUGUCCGAUAAAACCGUAAUGUAACUGAACUGAGAAAAAUGACUAAGAAUGAUGAGGCAGCCUAUCUGGUCACUGAGUGUAGCCCACUGUGUGUUGGUGAAACAGCCAUAUAUCACAUAACUGUUUUGAAACGACUUUGUCCAAACUUUAUUUUUUUUUACACCCUUCAUCUUCAUGGUUUUAGAGAGUGUUAUUUAAUGUUGAAACAGAUAGAACAAAGCAGCAGUACCUCAGUGAGUUCAUGUGAUGUCAACAGAGACUAAAUUUAACUUGGAGUGUUUGUGAGUGUGUUUGGUGAUGUUGCCGCAGUGUUCUUCUGUGUUCUAGUGUUGGUGGAUUGAUGCCAACCUCAAGCAGUGUUAUUGCACUGACACUGUCUGACCCUACUCUUUGUGUGCGCUUAUGUGUAGGCGAGUAACAGUGUCCUUGUGUAUAACAAUGUAUUAUGACUGUGUGUGUGUGUGUGUGUUCCCUCCAGCACAAAAGGUCAGUCUGACUGGACUAUCGUACAGCCCUCAGUCCUCUGGUUACUUCAAAGCAGUAGUCUUGAACUUACAGUAUAAUCAUGGUCAAUGAGCAUCCAUGUCAACUCCUGUGUAAGCGGCGUGUCUCGUAUAUCACAAAAGCAAAGGCAGAAAAGUGCUUAAACCAGAAAUUUUAAGAAAGACUUGAUAUUUAUAGUGGUCUGGACUAAAACCAGCUAUACAUUGCUCCUUGCUUUUUUUAAUCUCUUGAGCAUUGCUUUAAAAUUUGAUCUAUUCUGAACCUCAAAAGUUUAAAGGUCAGUUUCACAGUGACAUUAUGAUGUCUGUGAAAACAUUUUAAUGACAUUAGCUCCUCAUCCUUAUGAAUACUUGACUUAUUCAAAGCUUGAGGAAAUUUUGUCAUGUAAUGUUUUUUAAUUACUCUCACCAAUGCCCUUUUGAUUUGUUGACAACUACCCUUUAACUCUAUUCUGGCAUUAAGUAUGGCCUGACAGCCACAUGUUCCCACAGGUCUAAAAAGCAAUACUCUCAUACCAUGAGAAGCGUUACUCUUUACAUGCUGGUGGAGGAACAUGACAGCAUGGCAUAAAUACUACUUUAUCAAGUUUUGGUCGCUCUUUCGACAGUUUGUAUUAUAACUCCUAUUCCAAAAAGUUAAGACUCUGUGCAAAAUGUUGAUGAAAAAAGACUUAAAUAAAGUAGUCAACUGAAAAUAGUUUAAAGACAAAAUAAAAAUAAAUAGAUAUAUAAAUAAAAUACUAUAAAAUGAUCAAAUAUGAUAUUACAACAAUACAUUUUAUUGUUGAUGUCAUUAUAUUAAAUCAUAAUCAGAAUGUUUGAUGGUAUGGGGAUGGAGAGUACAGGUGCUUUACUGACCUGCCAACAAUCUAGACUUGUCACUCACUGAAAAUAUUUAGUGCAACAUGAAACAAAAAAUACCAAAAAAGAGAGACCCCAAAAUGUUUGAGCAGCUAAAAUCUUAUAUUAGGCAGUAAUUUGACUUCUAUAACUCCAGAAACUGCUCUCCGAGCCAACCACAUGUUUGCAGAAUGUUUUUUAAGAACCUAAAAAAUAGAGGAAGUGAUGAAACACAAUGAUAAACAUGCCCCUGUCCCAUUUAAAAAUAAAGAAAUCGAUUUGAUAUGUUGUCCUCUUACUUUUGUCACUUAAAUAUAGAUUUUAAAUGAUUUGAUCACAAUCUUUUUUUUUACUCAAAAUUUUACAGUGUCACAACUUUUCUGGGAUUCACAAACUUCAAAAAUCAGGGGUAGAUUUGUACUGAAUUCCCAUCUAAAUUUCAUCCCCUCUCUUUCAGUCAGUCCCUCAUCCAUCAGCCGCCUCAAUGAAUCCAACUCAGUAUGACAUCCAGUUUCGUAGUUAUCUGAUUCUUUCCAUAAUUUCACAUGGUGGAUUUGUGAAAUUACUCCAUGAAGGACUUUUCCAUUUCAUUAAAGUGAAUCUUAACUUUCAUCAUCACUGAGAGUAACGUAAAUGACAGCUGUUGAAAUCUGCUCAGACUGUCAUCUUGAUAAAGUGAUGGUGUAACUCCAGAUGCCUGUAUGUGGGUGUUUGGGUGUUUGUCUGUGUCUGUGUGUGUGUGCAUGUUUGUGUGUGUUUCCAUGGUGAUUACAGAUUGCUGUCCAGGAUGGCGGGGAUGAAGGAGCAGCAGUUCACGGAGGAGAAGCCCCUGCUGCCAGAGCAGAGAGGAGGGGACUCAGACAUGGUCAGUCCAUCCACUUCUUGCACUAUGUGUUCCCUUAACCCUCCUGUCUGAAUGUUAAAAUGCUGUGAGAUACGUGCACUAUGAAACACUCUGAAACUCUUGGUGCAUUGGGACAGAGGAGAUUAAGCUCAUUAACUUGCCUUAUAAUCAGACAAUGUGCAUGUUUACUAGCAGAGGUGGGUGUUAAUGAAUCCAUCCAACCAAGCUUCUUUAGGAACACCUCUACUAAAAGAUGAAAGCAUGUAUAAGCUGAGAGGGAGAGGAGGAGGAGGACAAAGGAAGAUUAACACAGAGCAGAAAAACGCUGUGGGUGCUGUAAAAAGCCACUUACAGAUUCCUGUCCACUUAUCCACUUAAAAAGCAACAAGUCGAGGAUGAAUCGGGGGGAUUUUGAAUAAUGGAAAACAUUAGGCUUGGCCAAAGCAGUGGUGGCCAGUGCAUUUUUCUACAAAAAAAAAACAAAACACAAAAAAACAAAAAUGUUUUAUAUAACAUGUAAGAACAUUAAAAAUGAACAUUUAUGUGUAUUUGCUGAGCUGAAUGAACCUCAAAUUUACCAAAUGGACCCUUUUUUGUUGAUGUUUUUUAGCCUCUGUGAGAAAUAUUAUAAAUCAGUAAAAACCUGUCUGAAUCCAUGCUGGGUCUGAUCCUGAUGUUUGAAAAAGAAAGCAAGGGAAGGUAAAUAAAGCAUUAGUAUCAGUGUUAGUUAACCAGCUCUUUGAACAUGACAGAGUAAUUUCUCUCUCUGUCGUGUUUAAAGAGCUGGUUAAAUUUAAAGUUCGGCUGAUUAAGUCUAAGCUCCUUAACUCUCAGCUUCUCCUGCAAAAGUCUUCUCUGAAACAGCAUCGUUUUCAGCAGCUUCACUGAGAUUUCCUUCUGUACUUUGUGUAACCCCUCUAUCCAUGACCCCUGGCUGAAAACCUUUUCCUCGAGUUCAGAUACUGACUCCUCAGACUGGACCUGUAUUUACUGUGACACUGCACGUCUCCAUCUGCUUGUCUCAACCCAGAAAUGUAGCCCCUUUCCUACUGGUCCACUUGAUGGCUUAUUUAUUGUUUUAGUUAUUGUGCCCUGAAGUGGCUCCUAUCCUUGAAUUGAAGUGGAACAAUUUGAUAAGUGCAACCACCUAAGAGUCAGUGGAGGCCUGAGGCUUCAAAUGAUUGAGCCCUGUACUUGAAAUAUGAGACCGAUCAGUAAGUUUUGACAUGUAGAUUUUAACCUUUUGCACCUUUUUCAUUUCAUUCACAAGCUAAAAGAUAUUUAUUUAGGUCUUUUAAGAACAUUUUAUAUAUUUCAAACCAAUCUCAAGAGUUCAGUAAUGGUCUGCCAGUCUCCCUGUGGAGAGUGACUGGGUGCUACAGAGCCACUUUCUACUGAAUAGCUGUCACUGUGCCAAAGCAGCAUUAGACAAGAAUAAUUUUCUCCUUAAGAUUUUUUUAAUGCAACUUUAAAAACAGAUAUUAGAUCAUUUUUAUUCCUACAGCCAGUAAAAAGUCAGUUAAAGAGUCCUCGAACAGAUUAUUGGGGGUUUUAUUUUUUAAGUGAACAAAGCAAACAAAAGGCAAAAUUGAUCCCUCCCUGGAAGAGCACUGAAAUAACAUCUUCUGCUUUUGACAAUCACUUACAGUAUCCCUGCUGGAGAAAGGGAAGCCACUUAUUGAACAUAUAAGCCAUGACUCACCCAACGAUUGAGUCAGAAAUGAGGCUGUGCAGCCUGUAAAUACAGUGGCUCGGGUUUUUAUUGAACUAGCUUAUUAGAAAUGGCCAAAUAUGCUGUGUAUCAAUAUAAAUGACUAAUUCUGCUAUUGAUCUGGCAAAAGGUCAUCAGGUCUGCUCAUAAUGAGUCACUGCUUGUAAAUAAUCAUGACCCUGGCUGCUGCUGAUCGAUCCAGUUACAUGUUUGUGCAGAUGUAGAUGACACCGGGGGAGAAACUUGUGCAGUCUUGUCUUUCUCUCGCUCUCCCUCUCAGCUAAUUUAAAAUCUGUGGCUCUGGUUGUUUGCAGAAGUAUGACCUUUUCAGGCACUUAGAGAGUGAUUACCUCCUGGCACAAGACACCGGUAACACUCUGGUCUGACUCACUGCAAGAAAUGCUGGACAAAUACAGGGUUCACUUCAUGCAGGCUAAAACAGGAUAGUCCUGAUGGUACAGAUCAACUAUUUGGAGUUUUAAUUGUUUUGAAACUGACAAAACAGAAUUCUUUAAAUUUAUGUUUGUUGCUCAGAACAAGAAAAAUAAUAAAGAUUUGUUUAAAUACCAAGUUUAAAUGGUGUUUGACAGUUCUAGUUGUAAACAGUCUUACAGCUCAUCUCCACUGACAACUUUUUCCUCAAUAUCUGCUUUAGAGCAGGUAACACAUCUCCAGCUUGGCCUUGCUCAUGAUACUGCACCAUGAAUAAAGCAAAGUGAAGCUCGAGUUCUGUUGUUUUUUUGCACUUUAAAGGUGGAGGAUCACCAAACCAGUGUCUUUGACGCCAACAAAGAUUGCACAGAAAACUGAUAACCAUAACAUUUAUGUGUAUGGUAUGUUGCUGCUCUGUUUUCCUCCUCCAGCAGGAUAAAGCAGAGGAGGCAUCAGGGGGGUUAGCCUGCCCCGCCAGCUCCGCGCCCCUUAACCAACCCCCUCCCCCCAGCCGCAGCACUCACCGUUGGCAUGUCAUCGCACGGCACUGGCUCCGCCAGACCCGCCGUCGGACCAGCGGGGUCCUCCCGGUAACUACCAGAUUCACCAGAACAAGCAGAGACAUCUACUAUCAACAGACACACCAAUGACCACAUGGAGAAAAGUUAGAAAAAUAAACUGAGUCUCACAGAGUAAGAAGGGAAACAAAAAAGACAUGGUUGUGAUUAAGGACUUGAUAUUUAAGUACACACACACACACACACACACACACACACACACACACACACACACACACACACACACACACACACACACACACACACACACACACAGUAACAAGGCAGAGGGUUACCCCUGACAAAGUGUUGUAUUGACUAUACUAGACUUACUUUACUAGCCUGGAAUAAGUGUUUAUACUUCCUUCCUGCAGUGUGAGCUCGGUUUGACUCUGAUUUUUACUUCAUGUCACCAAUUUAAUAUCACAAUAUAGUCAUGAGACUUAUCAUUUGAUGAAAGAAAACUCCGGAUGUUGCAGGGUAGGUAAAUCUUGUGGUGUGCUGGUUUGAUUGAAUUGACUCCUUUGAGAAAAAAAACUGACCAGCAAAGGCGAUUGGUAGCAGGCCAUGGGUUGGUCUAAUAGCUAGGGCUAACACGUGAUAGAGCUAAUGUACUCGCACAGACUGUCCAUACCUGACAAGUGCAUGUGCAACCUCUGUUUAGUCCCACUGUGCUAUAUAAAGCUAGCAGGAUAGCAAAAAGAGAUGGUUCCAGGAAGUUGCACAGAAACUAAACAUAGUAGAAAAAAGAUGAUCCUGCGGUUGGACAGUGUUGGUCCUUCAGGGAAAAUCCCCCAAAAUGAAAAUGUCCCAGACUAAGAUUAAACUUCUGUAGGGGUGUGGACAGGUUACCCUGUUGACAUUUGACUUGAGUCAUCUUUUUCAGCUGAUGGUUGGUGGCAAUUAACAUUAAAGACCACUACCACCCCCACUACGAACCAUUAAGUUACACAGCAUUACCAUAUGCUUGCUCUUAGUGUGGUGCUAAUAAUUCCUUUCAAGGUGUUUAUUGUAAUACUAUUACACUGCAGUCUAGCCUGUGAUAACAGCCCACAAAUAACAGGAUAAAAGCAGCAACAAUGUGUAGUGUUUUUUUGUGUUAAGCUUGUAAUAGCUGGCACUUGUAUUGGUAAGCUUUGUACUGUAAACAAACAGUCACUGGCUUGAGGUCAUAUGCUGCACUGCUCUUGUAAAAUAAGAUUGUCCUCCCUGCACACCUCCGGUCAUUGCAUCUUUUGUAUCAGGCCUAUCAAGCAAGUUCUUCACCCUCUUAAACCCUUAAGAUUAAAUGUGGUUCUCCUCGAGCGAGGAACCCUUUGAAAUGCAAAAAUAUAGGGCAAAAUCUACAUCUACCAAAACUAGCCUGCAGACACAGAGACUCAGAGAUCAGAGGCAUGAGGAGCACAUCAAAGUGAAAAGUGAAAUGCAACAUGGGUCCAACACAGCUUGACAGCACCCUGCGUCUAUGCCGUGCUGCACAAAACAUACCCAGAAAGAACAGAGACCUCCAAACAAAGACGGAUCACCUGAACUGUUUACUUUGGGAGCUGAAGGACUCAGAGUGUCUUUCAGUUUCACUUUUUAGAUCAUUAAAAGGAGAAUCUCUUCAUGAAAGAUUCACAGAAACAACAUAUAAUCAAGAUGUGACCACCCACAGUGCUCAGUUAUGUUCAUCCUGAACCACAUGCACUACCUUGGAGUGGGAGUUAUAAUAAGGAGAAGUGUGCCACCUGCUGGUCCGACCACCGUACUGUCAUCACUAACAUUUUCCCUCUGAAAACAAAGAGCCAUUUGCAUGAACCCCCCGAAGUUGCCCUUUGAAAAGCGGAUUCUUGUUGAAAUAGGAAAUCAAUUCAUCGAUUUAUUUGUGUCAAAUCUUCAGCAGCUCAGCUGAUGACACAGUGGUGUAUUGGCAAAAAAUUGACAUCUCAUCCAAUAUUAUUUGAAAUCAUGUCCUUUUCAAAGGGCAGCUUCAGGUCCAGAGGUUUUAGUGAUGUCUUUCUCUCUCUUUAGGUGUUUCCCUGGUCUGGUGUUUUUCAUGUGCCCCUUUCUUUCAGUCUCUGCUAAUAUCUAAGAUUUGAAUUUCUUUCUCUUUUCCUUUCUUUUAAUCAAACUAUAUUUUCUUUCAGAAAUAUCACCAGAACUCACACAAACUCAAACUAAACUUUAACUCUAAGACCUUAUUCAUGCAUGUUUAACAGGAAAGUAUGGUUAGAAAACAUCUGUCUGACAUUUUUGAUUGCUGUUUAACCUUGUGUGCUUUUCCUUAUUUUUAAUAUCGAGAUGUUUCUGCUCUACUUUAUGCUUUAAAAAGGCAAAGGAGCAGAAACAAGCUAAAUGGCAUGUGCUGAAAUAACACAGGUUACAAUACCUAAACUUUGACUGCUGUUGUAAAAAACGACAGAUGCACAGAUGUGUCGUUCGUUCACAGGUGUCUUUUUUCAGAACAGCAGCGUGCACACGGUUGUGGAUGAAAAACCUGUUUUAUGUCAACACAUCUCUUUUUUUAAUGAAGACACAGAUCAGAUUCCUCCUAAAAUGAGCACCCUGAAAUUAAACUAUGCCAAUUUCUGUCAAAUUCAAAGUGUCCAAAAUCUGGAAAGCUUGAUCUGGAGCUCUCACAGCUGUCACUUCUUCUGUAGUCGGCUCUACAUCAAUCACUGUCUCUGAAGAUAAAAUCCAGACAGCCUCACAGGGAUUCUUUCCUCCUGAAAACUUAAAUGUUGUUUUUGUAUCCUGAUCAUAUGCCUCAGCUCAUCUUUGCAGACAUGGAUAACUGUUGAGGUGCUGUUAGAGGAAUCUGGUUGCUGUUCAUCACUUCAUCCUGUGUUAACAAACACCACCUUUCCUCACUUUUUACCACCAGUUUGUUCCUCAUCAGCCUCCCAAAAGCACUUCAGUUCAUUUAUUUGAUAUCUAUAGAGCAAGAAAAAUCUCAGGACGCUUCAAAGGAGCAACACAGGACUAUGACCCAUAAAUACAAAGUUUAAAUAAAUAUUUUCAAUUUAACAAGCAGUGGCCCAGAAUCGAGGCCAUAGCGAGCCAGCCUGUUUCCAUUACAUUUAAAACUGAGACUGUAUAAUCUUAUAACCAGUGUCUUUGGUUUAUGAGUGGAACUGGAGGUCAUAACAAUAUUGAGGUUGCUGUAGGAAAUGCUCAAAGGCUGAAAAUUGUAUUUAAAGGAGGCCAACAUGAAAGUAGACUACAUGUUACAUAUUUUUAACAUGUCAAAUCAUAUCAACAUGUUUCAAUAUUAUUGAAACAAUUGAAACAAUAAAAUAAGGUAAGAUAAGAUGAGAUAUUCCUUUAUUAGUCCCACAGGGGGGAAAUUUUAAACUUACAGCAGCACAUAAACACAAAAAGAGAAAUUGAAGGAUGAAAAGAGUUAAAGGGAUAUUCCAAUGUAAAAUUAAGUUAGGGUCAAACACACCCUAACACCGAGUUACACAUCCCCUUGAGAAAUUAAUGUUGCCGACUGCUUCCUUCUCUAGUUAUAUCAACUUCAGUAACGACCGCACGAUAGCAAUACACAGCGGUCUGAAAAGCCAUAAACAAACCUCAACCCAAAAGCCAGCUCAAGGAAGAACAUUUAUGAUUUAUGUAUCUUUGGAAUCUCUGCCUUGUGUUUACUCAAAAGCUACUGUUUUUAGAGUAAAAUCUGAAUAUAUCUUUGCCAAUUUGCUGGAAUGCUCCUUUAAAUGGAUUCAGAUGCAUUAAGUACAGUUCUACCUUCAAAAGCUUGCAACCUCUGGCACAUACAGUUAGUAAUCGGUUCUGAUUUGAUUUAAAACAUACAUAUCUGUGUUCGGAGACAGUUUUGAAGUGCUUCUGGGAAACUGAGUAUUUCUGUCUGUGGUUUGGACCUACAGUGCACAGUUUGUGCUGCUCUGAUGAAGGUCUAGCAGCUUCAGCUCUAACAGAGGACUCAGUCCUACUCAGUCAGUCAGUGAGUUUUUUUUUUGUGUCCGGGCCUCCUCUGAUUCUUCUCCUCCUUUUCUCUGACUGUUUUCUCUACAGGAUAGCUGUGAACAGCUGAUGCCGGUGGGAGAUUGGAAGGUAUGAUUUGAAGUGUUUGCUGCUGUUAUUUUGGGAGCACUCCUCACUCGUCUCCUCACACACCAUCUCCUCCCCUGGCUUCUUGACUUGUCGCCAUCUACCUUUAUCAUUCUUUGUUUUUUUUAUCUCUUCAUGCUUGCUCACUUGAGUAAUUUUGAUGUCAGUGGAAGUUAACUGAGAGAAGAAAAAGUAAGGUAGAAAACAGAUAUCUGUGAUAACACAAGGCUAAAUAUGAGGUUUUUCAAUCUAAAAUAAACUUUGUUUUAUAACAAGAAGCAACUUACAGACCCUCCUCGGGACUAUAUCACAAUGACAUCACUAUUAGCUGGAGGCAAAUUGAAGUUAAACAGGAGUCCUAAACUGUCUUCUUUUAGUGUUACUGGGUACAAAUACUGGGUGAAAAUAUGGGUUAAUAUUAAUUCUUUAAAAACUAUAAUUUUACUGAAUCAUUUGUCACUACCAAAAACAUGAUGAGACAAAAAGACUGGACGCAGACUGGAGGCAGCUAACAGCUGAUCCAGCCGUGAUCAGCUUACUGCAGGUGGCUCUGUAGGAAAGGAUGUCUCAUGUCUCUUCUCUUAAAUUUGCUCUUUAACCUGUGAAUACUUGUGGUAUCCAAUUUAACAUUUUUAGUUUAUAUUCUUGACUAUCAAAAGGAUGAACAGUACAGUUACUUACCAACCACUUUUUGUCACACAAACCAGUUUACCAUCACUUGUAAUGUCCUGGUUCACAAAGUACUUAACAGAUUUGUGUUAUCCUGUGCUUUAAAAUCACAAAAUAGCACAUUUUCAUAGGGACAAGUCUUCCUGUGGUCUAAGGCAAGCAUAUCCGGUGUAUUAUUCGACUUCAAGACUGUGCCUUAAAGAACUGCUUCAGUUCAGCUUGAUGAGCAUUACUUGGAUAACAUUUGUGUAAUUUACCUUUAAAGCUUACAAAACCCACAAAAUCUUAUUAGCAGGAUGUUAAAGGAGUGACUUUUAGUGAUACAUAAAAAAAAAUCUGCAGAUACAUCCAUCUGUUAGCACCUACAAAUCACAAUGAUGCUACUUUGUUCAAGAGUGUGGCCAGCUGCUCCCUGAACAGAAGCUUAUGCAAGCUUUUAAUUACUGAGUAAGAGAUGAGAAUAUCCGUUUAAAAUAGUCAAAACAUUUAUGAAACUCAACAGAAAUAAUAAUAGUAAAAAAACGUUCUCAAAUGCCAACUUUAUGGACAAAUAACCAAACCAAGUAUAUGUGAAAGAACCUGUCAUCCUCCACAACCCUGAAAACCAGUGUAUAACCUUUUUCAUGUAUAUGUGUGACAGAGUAUUCGGGCCACAAUGAGAAAAAAGAAAAAAAAAAAAGAACAAAGACUUUGCGAUUUAAGUCGUUAAUUUAUGAGAAUAAAGUCAUUACUAAUGAGAAUAAAGUUGUAAUAAAGUAAUUAGUUAUGAGAAUAAAGUUGUUGUAAAAUUAUUACUUACAAGAAUAAAGUCAUUGUAAAAUUAUUACUUACAAGAAUAAAGUCGUAAUAAAAUCAUUAUGAUACUUAUUAUAAUGUGGUGCUGAUGUGCCAAAAGAUUAAGUAUCUCGUUGUUUGAGAAACCUAUACUGUAGUAUAUUUUCACAAAAUGCUUCAUGGCUCUCAUUUCAACAACUUUCAUCUUAAACAACAUCUUAGAAUAUAAGGACUUUAUUCUUGUUAGUAAUGAUUUUAUUACAACUUUAUUCUUGUAAAUAAUUACUUUAUUAAAACUUUAUUCUCAUAAGUGGUUACUUUAUUACGACUUUAUUCUUGUAAGUAAUGAUUUUAUUACGACUUUAUACUUGUAAUUACUUUAUUACGACUUUAUCCUUGUUAGUAAUGACUUUAUCUCGUAAAUUAAUGACUUUAAUCUCGAAAUCUUCAUUUUUUUUUAUGUGUCCCUAAUACUCUGUUGUUUAUAUAUUUAAACACUUUAUAAUAAGUUUGUAUCUCUUCUUUUCUCUGUGAAUAGCAGAACAUUUAAACUCAUCAAUUCACAAAGCUGUCCACUCUGCCAUGACAUCAUUUUGUAAAGUUCUGUAAUUUUUCUAAGAAGUCACACAUUUAACAGCUGAGUUUAUUUUAGUCAGACAUAUGCUGCGUGCCAGACAGGAGUGACGACAUGAUCCUCAUCAAACACCUCUGUUUCACACCAAACCUCACACCUUCAGGGUCUUGGAUUUGUGCUGAGUGUGAGGCAGUGGUGUCUGUGCUUGCUGGCUGCCAGGAAGACGAAGAUAAAACCUUUUUCUUGUUGCUCAUAAAACACAUUAACUUUGUAACCAUGACGAAAUCUCUCGUUAGAGUUAGAUUAUCUCUCAAAGGACAGAUUGCCAGUUCUUGUUAAAUGAGGCAACAUUUAGCUUUAUAUAAGUUUAUAUUCAAGGGCUCUCAAACAUAAACUUUUAACUCAGCUGAAACAUCUAGAUUGAUAGUGUAGUAUCGACUCUACAGCCGUUAUAUAACCUCAACUUUACUGCUCUUUGUGGUGGUGAUACUUUGACAGUGAACUUGGCAGAGACAUACAGUGAUAGGCAAAGCUGUUUCAGUGAAAACUUGGUAAUACAGACUCUGAAAUGCCUAAAAUCUAGUUCCAACAUGCUAUUGGUGAAUCCAUUAACGGAAAUGAAAAACUGUAUAAACCAUCAAAGUCAUGUCUACAUAGACGCCACAUUGGCUGCUCUCCCACUUCUGCAGUGUCCACCACAUUAGGGGAGUAGAUCUGCUGUGUCAAUGAAUACAAAUGGAUGUGGAAACUGUGGAUUUUGCUAAAUGAAAGUACCAAUGUGAAUUCAUUAUUUUAAUGAAUUGAUUUUAUUCCCAAUAUCAAUUUAAGUACUCAUAAUAUGACAAAAAGCAAACCAAGUCAGCAAAUCAAAUUAGCUUUUUCUUUUGACAGUUAUACUAAAUGACAGAAAAUUAUAGAUAGCUCUUUAUAUCUGACACAUUUAAUAUGCUUCACAGUAAGAUAUGCCAGUACAACCUCUUAUUUAAGUCAGCUGUCAAUAUUUUAUCUGAUUAAUGUGAGGAAGAAGUGCUUGAGGCAUUUUGACUGAUUAAACAAGUGAGGAAGGUUUUUGUUCCCUCUUAAAAUUAUGAGAUGAAAAGUGCAGAUUUUUGCUGGUUAAUACUACAGCCUAUACAACAGGCUAUUUCAAAAUAAAACAUCCCUUUAUUUUGAAUUGACAGACAGUUGAGUUAUGCUCUUCAAAAUCAAAUGUAGGCAAGACUUGUCAAAGCAUGACUUUCCCUUUCCCUUUAUUGGUGGCCUGCAAACUAAAAUUAAAAUCAAAACAAGGCUGUAUGAACACAUGAUAACUACAACAUAAUACAAUUAUGGAGAACGUCCUCAUCAUUUUGGUCUCCAAACACAGAAACAAACUGAAGCAGAGCAAAGAGCUGAAUUUUGAUCAGACCUCUUAACAGUAUCAAGGUUGACUAAAUCUUUCUCUAUUAUUCUUUAUUAUGAAGGGUAAUUUCAAAGAGCUUGAUUGAGGUCUUUCUCUGAAACAUUUACAAUAGUGAGACUGUUUUUCAUCUACAGACUAGGCCUACUAACUUUCUAAUUAACACAUGCAUUAAGCAUGCUGCUUCUCUUCAAAUUUUAAUCUGUAGAUAACAGGUUUUCUGCUAAUAAGAGCCCCCUGUUUGUAGUGAUUGGGGUCCAUCAACCUAAUAGUGUAUUUAAAAUGAUGAUUUAGUUCUCUAGAGUCUAUGAGGAUGAAAAGAAGUUAAAUGUGGCUGUUUCCCAUUGUCAGAUUUACUGACGGUUCCCAUGAACAUGACCCUAAUGUUACAUUACCAAACUCUUCACAUCAAUGCUUCUGGACCUCUCCGACACGUUUCCGUUGUUGGUUCAGUCGCUCUUCAUGGCUGUUCAUAAAGCUUUGCCGGCAGAGACUGUAUGUCUAAAAUAGACGCAGUGAUGCUGAGUCAGCAGAGAGCUAGUUAAUCUCCACUGUUGGGGAAAAGAGGGACAGUCAGUCAGAGUGGCGUUUAAAGUUGAGUCAGCAUACUGCGUGUUCUGUCAACAGGAAAAGAGAAGAUAGAUUGAGAGAGAAAAGAGGGGAUCGAGGGAAAGAAAAGGGAGCGAGAUAGGCUGGAAGAGGCAGGACAAAGGGCCAGGCUGCUAAAUGACGGCAAAGAGAGAGACACUCUGGUGUGUGUGUGUGUGUGUGUGUGUGUGUGUGUGUGCUGCAGCCUGCAUGGUUAUUACUUUGACACCAUUGCAGUCAUGUGAAUACGCACGUACGCAAACCCUCUGCAAACCUCACAGUUACAUCUUCUUACUUCUACUGAAGAUAUAUGUCAGUGUUUGUGGUGGAGUUACUUUUCAUUUCAGAAAUCCACGAAAAAAGAAAUCUCCUCUUGGUAUUAAGGGUUUAUACACUAAAAUGUUUUAAACGGGUCAAGCUUCUUGGAUUUUUCACGUUUGAAAUUGUAACUUUGAUAACAUGUUUUAUUCAUACCUACUAUACUUUAAUGACUCAGCAACUUUUGUGUGAAUUUAAAUGGACCUUUUCCAAACUUUGGGUCAGGACUCUAAUGGGCCACCAGGCAGUUUGUACCAGUUUGCCAACUGGCAGACUCAGGCUUGGCACAAGCUAAAAGAUAAUUGAACCGAUUAUGGGCCCAAUUCCCCCUUCUGACCAAAGUCAGCAAAAGCCCAAUUACUGGUUGGCAAAGGAUUAUCUUUCCAGGUUAUCCUUCAGUAUAAGGAGUGUGUUUUCUUCUCUCUGAUCUCUGUGAAAGACAACAGAUCCUCCCUUCCUUUAAAUACUGAUACGUUCGAUAUUUACAAUCAGAAACCCUGACUAAACACAGAAGCACAAUAAAGGUAACUAUGGCGAUGAUUUCAGUGUUAAGAGGCAGAAACUUUGCCAAAGAUUUUAAUAUAGCAUGAAUAUUUCUCUCUGUCCUGUUCUUUCCAUUAUAACAGUGUUCGUGAAGGAGGUGUGGGUGGAAGCAGUCUGAAACUGCUGUGUUUCUCUGCCUGCCCACGUCUAAAUCUAAUCAGGCUUAAGUGUUUGAUUUGGUCUUUCUUUUUGCCCACAUACUAAUUUCACGCUCGAAUAUAUUUUUCAACUGAAGCAAAAGAUGCUUCCCCUUUUUAUGCUGCAACUUUAAAAUGAUCCACAGUGGGAGCUGAGGUUCAGGCUCCUGAUCAUGACGCACAUUUUCAUCCCAUGUUGCCAAACACUAAGCAAAGCCACAUGAUCGACUCUGAACCGUCUGUCUGUUUGGUAAUUUUCAAGUUUAAAAAAAUUUACAAAGCCCUGUGCUUUAUAUGUAAAUGUUUAGGGAAACUUUGUUUCUUCUCUGAAGAUGUUUAGGAGAUAAGGGGAGUGAUGAAUAACAAUAAUUAUGAUAAUGUUAAAACCAUAGACUGUAUAUUCUAUGGACAACUUGGUUCCGCCAUCCGCCAGUAUACAGAUUUGAAGCUAAAAAGCUCUCUGUAUUUCCGCGUUUUUUCUCCACUUCCUGAAACCAACAUUGCGCAGUAGCAUUGUACGCAUUCAAUGGGAGAGUCCCCGAGAGUCGCUGUGAUGACGCUCGGCUCAAAGAGGAAUUAAGCACAAACCAGUGAUACCCAGGGAUCCGUAACGGCUCCGCUCUGGACUGGCAGGCGAAUCAAAUAUAGCAUACCAACAGGAUCCAAUCCGCCGCUGCCAUUGGAGGAGAAGCACUUGCGAGAUUACUGAUAUUUCUCAUGAGACUGGACGUGAGCUCAUGAGAUCUUACGUGUUGCCCUGUGAGACAUUGAAUGAGAUCCACUGAUUGGUGUAUAAAAACAUCUACAUCCCACAACCCUGGCCUCUCCGAUUGUAAAGUGAAGAACAGUUCAACGUAUUGAUUUUAUUUUAUUUUGGAAAUUAACCAGAUAUUUUGUUCUGUAGCCGCAUACAACUUCUGCUGCUGCUGCUUGUGCUGCGAUGCACUGCGGCAAAAAUAGAAGCCUUGUGUAUCCGAUCAACAGUGAAACUGGACAGCGGACGGAUUGUGUGGAAUCAAACACAUUGAUUAUAAUGCUUGCGUAUUUGAUCCGCCUGCUGUGCCGAAGCGGAGCUGUUCUGGAUCCUGUGAGUUUUAGUCGUUACAGUAACUACGUGUCAACAUUUACAGUAACUACAUGUCAACAUCACAACCAGGGGGGGGGGGAAUUUAUAUUUUGUGUAAUUAAUUUCUAAAGUUUGCCCACAGCUCCAUAGAGAUCGCCGGAGGAGGCAGGAUUUAUGACCUAUACUGCAGCCCGUCACCAGAGGGUGCUGUUCUCGGGGUGGCUUCACCCAGCAAGGAGGCAGAUGACAUCCAUUCUAUAUACAGUCUAUGGUUAAAACUCACAGAAGUGAAGAAAGGAAGUGCAAUUGAAGUAAAGGAUAUAUAACCCUCUUUCCAAAAAGUUGAGGCACUGUAAAAAAAAAUUAAUUGACACAAAAUUUGGUGGUUUGCAAAGCAUUUAACCACAUUAUUUAAUCAACACAAAGACAACAAAUCAAGUGUUGAAAUUGAAAAUCUGCUUUCAAUUUCAACACUUGUCCAAAUCCAAAUGUUUUUAAGAAGUCAGGUCUGCAGGCAGGCCAGUUUAGGGACAUGGACUAUCUGCAGUAGAGUCAUGUUGGUAAAAAUAAGUUAGAUUAGGUAGUUUUAACCUGCAUUUGUGGUUGCAUUAGUGAACAGUGUUAAUAGACAAUAGUUUUUGGAAGUUAUUUGGGUCCAUGUGGUGAUUCCCACUAAAGAGUCUGGGGGAACGUCUUGAAGGUCGUCAACAUGAUUGCUGUUAAGAGAGCUUGCCAGGUGUAAAAACAAUUACGAUCAGAAAAAUCUUGUGAAACAGUUUUCAGAAAUUCAAAAUGUGAGUCAAGAUUGUGAUUCCAAGAGAACGCUGCAAUGGCUUCCUUGCUUGAUGACCCAACUUCUCUUUGUGAAGUAGACACAAAUCUGUGAGCCAGAGUUCAGCAUGACCACAGAAAACAACAUUUGCAGUGUUAAAUGCAGUGCUGGAUUGGUUUUAUAAAAAAACAAAAGAAGAGUACUGAGCAGGUCGACGUUGCUUCAUAUUCAAUGUUUGAUGAUUCAACCUGAUUGUUACUUGCUGUUGUGUCAAGUUCUGUUCUUGCCGACUGCAUGGAUUAAACACUUCUUGUCCAGAUUUGGCCUCAUUAUGUCCAAAUCAUGAACAGUAGCUGCUGUGUUUUUGCCAAAAAGCUGGAACAUGUGAAGAGUGCUGUAAAAAAAUCAGAAACAGAUUCAAACUAGAUCAGUGAUGCUGAUGAGAGAGAGCAUACCAUCAGACUACAGACUGACAAGACAGCUGACCAAUCCUGUGUGAGGGAGGCAGCACUCUGAGCAAAUCAUCUCCAGCCUGCCCUUCACCCUGUUCGCUAAUGUGGCACAAGGAGAACAGGGAGGGAGGGGUGGAGAGGGAGGGGAGGGGAGGGGGAGGCUGCAGCUAAGAGCUUAAGAGCCCGGGUGGGAAUAGAGGCAGACAAAGACUCUGCGUCUGCAGCAGCAGCAGCAGCAUCCACCAUCCAGCUCCCCAUCACUCAGCGAGUGAUCACCAGGACCUAGUCCCGUUAAACAGGAGAGGCCUGGCUGCUCGUCUGCACACUCCUCUUUCUCCUCUUCUUCAUCAGCUGAAAGAACAACUACUGAGGAGCCAUGCCUGAGUGCUGGGAUGGGGUGAGUGUGAUAACUGUAUGAUAAACCCCAAUGUGAGUCAAUUCACUCCACAAAUUGAAAUGUGUUAGCAGCUGUGAAUUUUUCUUUUAAAUUCGCCUGGUAUGAUUUUGGAGCUGCUCAUGUCUGUUUCAUUAUCUUAAAAGUGGGAAGUUUAUCUUCUACUGCAAAAAAAAAAAAAAAAAAAAAUCAGAUCCAAAUUUUACUAGCAGUCAACAAAAUGUGCAAUUUACUGCAGAGACUGUACGAAAUGAUUUGCAUCAGUGUCUCCAGCAAAGAGGAAAAGUGCAGCGUCAGUGUCAUUUGAUGGGUCAGUCUGACUCUGGCCCACUGACACACUUAGACUCGCCAACAUAGAUGCAGUGCAAUGCACAGAUGGACGUACAUCUGCAGAGCAACUUAUAAAUGUGUGUGUAUAUAUGUGUGUGUGUGUAUGUGUGUGCUUGGGUGUGAGGAGGGAUUGUUAAUCUCUCUGCAGCACCAUCCAUUUUGGCAACCUUGAGCUGCACAAGGUGUGAGUACAAAUGCUAAGAAAGGGAGUGAAGGAAAUGAUUUAUCAUUUGUUUUUUCUGCUUGAUAUUCUCAUAGCUGCACUGUGACGCAGUUGAGAUUAUUGCAUUUUUUAAAACCUCAGGUCACCUUUAAGCAAAUAAAACAAAAAAAAAUCAUGUUGCCCUUGAGCAUCUUUGAAAGAAUUCUUCUUUUUGGAGGAUUUGGAUUUGAGAUUCAUGCACCUGAAGGUCAUGAUGUGGGGGCUAAUGUGUUUGUGAAAUGUCUGCUCAUGUUUACCAGAACUGCGGGCAAAGCCUCUGAUGCAGUAACUGCCUCAAAUUAGAAAGCUGAUCACAGAUAACACGGAUGCCGCUGCCCAAGUAAUAGAGAGAUAAUCUGGCUGGAUUAACUCAUAACUGCUGGUUGCAUGACUGUGGGGGAUUAUGCGGAAUUUUGGCAGCUGCACUGUUGAAUCUAUAAGUGCAGUUUCUUUCUGCACAGUGAGCCAUUAAAUCUCUGUAAGGUGCAGUCAUGGUGAUUGAGAAUUUUCACAUCUUCUUUGGAUUUUAGUGAUGUGUUGAAAACAAACUCAAAGGAUGACGACUGUGAUGAAGUUUAUCAGAAUAAUCUUUAAUGGCUUUAGUUUAAAUUCAGGAACAUAGCAUAACACCUCCCUCUAUCUCGUGUGUGUGUGUGUGUAAGAUAGAGAGAGAGAGAGAGAGAGAGAGAGAGAGAGAGAGAGAGAGAGAGAGAGAGAGAGAGAGUUUGUGUUGUGCAGCAAAUGGUAACACACUUCUCAUACCUCCAUUUUGAGUUUGGCUCUGACCAGUGGAUGCUGACAAAAUGUGGGUCAUAACAAACGUGGCUGGAUAAACAACAAGCCAAACACUUUGAGCAUCUAUUAGUAUGGAGGACCAAAGCUGCAAAAACUGAUAAACAUAUAAAAUGACUUAAGAGUUCUCCUUACUAUUACAGAUAAUUUAAAUCUUUGUCAAAUUCGUCCACCCUUAACUGUCUUCAGUAUUGAAAGAAUUCACAGGUGUUUUUUUUUUUGCACAUCUCGGUGACUUCUUCACUUGAUGUCAAAUAUUUCAGUGAUUCAGACCUGCACAGACUGCAGAUGUGGAUGUUACAGAUGUGAAUGUUCUCACCAAACGACAGCAAACAUUUAGGCUAUUGUGACACACAAAUUAAAUAUCUGUAUCAGUCACAACUCCUUCAUCAUGAACCAGAUUAAAUGUUUUAUUUUAAAAAGGGAGGGAUCUGAUAUUUAAAGCUCCUGUGAGGGUUUUUUUGUUUAUGAUUAGAGAAUAAAGGGAUAUUUAAUUUGAUGACUUAUCAUGAUUUACAAAAGCAAACACGACAGUCACUAAACUAUCACUAAACUUAACUAUUUUACUCUUAAUUUUUAACAUCUGAAACUGAUUUUUUUUACUACUACUACACUACUCCAGCAUGUAGAGGACAGCAUAAGCUAACUUGUAAAUUCAGCUUAAAUUUUAAAGACCAAAACAAAAGAGUGAAUGUGAAACAACGGUGUGUAAACAACACUUAGUCUACCUUUAUGCACUGACCUUUCAAGUUAAUCUUUUUGGGAUUAUAUAACUUGAUUCAUCUGAGAUUAAAGUCUUAAUUUAGCAUUUUUGUAUUGUGUCAUAACAUUUUCAGGCAGAUGACCCAAUAUCCUCCUUUUCCAAACACACUUACUCAGAAAUGGGAGUGACGCUAGAUGAGUCAACCUGCACCAAAGAGAUUUUAUAUUUUGGUGUUAACUCUUGUAGAUGUGGACGAGUCAAUUUCUGUCUAACAUUGGCUUUAUCUUCAGACCCAGAGACAUUUUUUUAUUCUGAAUCCUCAUGUGAUGCUCGAUUAUUGAGGAGAGUGACAUAAUGAGUGGUUGUCCAAUAGUCAUCUAUCAACUGUGCUCAUACCACACUGUAAUUACAGACUAAUAAGCUGUCCAGCUGCAGUUAAAGACUGACAGAUCAAUAAAGAACAUGUCUCUGUGUAUAGACUAUAAGCAGUGUUGGUUCUCUAAUCGAUAAAAAUCACUCAUGAAUCUCACACUAAAGAGUGUUAACAAAAAUCUUUAAACCUUUAUUCAUCCCACGGUGAGGGAAAAACGCGUUCAUGUGUCACAUCUCACAAUGCAAAACAAGUGCGAUCGUGCGUCAGUGAGAUUUGUUAUACCUGUCCGUCGCUUGUUUAUCUUGGGAGGAUUAGGUGCAAAUGUUCCCACAGAAACAUUUGAAAGUGUGUGAGGCAGCAGGUGAGUGAGGUGUGUGUUUGUGUGUUUUUACAGGAACACGAUAUCGAGACUCCUUAUGGGAUGCUGCAUGUGGUGAUCCGCGGGGCACCCAAAGGAAACAAGCCUGCUAUCCUCACCUACCACGAUGUGGGACUGAACCGUAAGUACUCAUAGAGAAUGUGUGUGUGUGAGUGUGUGUGAAGACAUAUGCUUCAGGUAAGGUGUUUCUGCACUCCUCAUAGGUGAUAAUUGGCCUCUUUUUUUCAUUUAGUCUUUCCAACCGAAGUGAAAACACGUUUUUUUUUCCAGUGCAGCGGGAAAUCGAUGUUUCCAGUGAGAUAAAAAAAGCAGUUUCUAGAAAAAGUGUUCAAUGAGUCAUAAAAGUGCAUAAAAAAUUCUAAGUUUAACUAUUUUAGUGCUUCUGUUGAUAUAAAUGAACGGGAAAGAUGGGAAAGUAAAAUGUUUUUGAAUUCACUGAAUGGUUUUAAAUGUCAAGUUUAAAACACCUAAAUUUCAUUUCACAGAUACUCGAUGAAAGUAUGAAUCUUUUCAAGAGCCUUUACUGAACAACUGAUGGGUUGAGAUUGCUGAAAUGAGGUUAAACACUCUUAGGAUGUCUUUUUUUUGUGAAUUUUGUUUGAUUAAAAACACUUUUUGGAUCACAAACACAUAAAUGUCAAACUCAAUGUCACAUCCAACAUAAGUGUUGACUGCAACAGUGUUCACGUCAGGUAGCACUCUCUAUACCCAGGAUGAGUGUUGGAUAAUUCAAUAAAGGGAAGAUAAUCAAAUAAGCAUGCGUAUAUGCGAGGAAGGACACAGACGUAUGGAGGUGGAGGGAUGAAAACAGAAUAAAAACAAAGAGAGAAGGAGGUCUCUGGGGGGUGGUUCGUUCUAACGUGUGAUGUGUGUGAACCAAAAUAGAAAUGGGAAUAGAUGAGGAGGCAAAUGACGAGUGAGUAUGUGAGGCAUCGAUGAAAUGUAGGUCAGAAAAACAUCCCCGUCCUGCAGAGGGAAGCGGGGCGGGGCCGGCAGCACUGCGGCGCUGUGUGAUGGGUGGAGGUGGGAGAGUGAUGGUGGGGGUUUGGAGGAUAGUGUGUCAUGAACCAAAGCUGAUCCAUACAGCUCUGCAGACUGCAGAGAUCUGCCUUUUGUUGUUUGCUUACUGCCUUUUUAUUGUUAUUAUUACACCAACACUGAUUUUCUUUUCUUUCCUCAUUUUCCAAAAUAUCCCAUAGAAAACAACCCACCUUCGUAAAAACACACAAAAGAAAUGAGGAAUAAAGACAAAAAUAACAAUAAUAAUUAAAUAAGGUGUUAGUUAUAUCUGAUGUAUAAUGUGAUGGGCUUAGAGACUUGUGACGGACCUGAAUGGAGUCGGCAUUCUGCUGCUGCAGCAGAUUCAGGAGACCAUUAGUAUUCAUGGUCUGUCACUAAAUCACUGGAGUGUGGCGCAUCAUUGAGGACGGGCAAGGAGAGCAAAAGGGAUGAAAGGAGACGCAUUAGGAAAGGACACAGAGGAAAAAAUGAAAGGGGGUUUAUUUUUCUAAAUUAAUGACUCCAUAUCAGCAGAUUGCUCAGCUUUUUGCCAGUGCCUUGAUGAGAAUACACAAACCAAAGAGGAGGAAGAAGGAAAAAAGAGAAAAUAACACAGAUGAGACCUGAAAGGGGAAAGCAGAGAGAUUCAACAAAGAGAAGCAGAGGGAUGCUAAAAAGAGAGAGAGAGAGAGAGAGAGAGAGAGACAGACAGAAAGAAAGUAACAGUGGGGGAAAGUAGGUCACAAAGUCAGUUGGAGUGCAGACAGCGAGGGUCGACCAAUGAUUCAGCGCGUAGAGCAGGAGAGCGUCUCACCUCUGUCCUCACAUAGCAUCCCUAUUUACACAAACAAGCUCUGAAACUGGCACCGUGCAGCGCAGUGCACAGCAAACAUUCCUCCGUCACCUCCCCUGACUCUCCCUACUUUUCAUCUCUAACCCAGUUGUCAUGAUAAUUGGCCCAUUUAAUUAACUCACCCGGAGCCCGAGGAGGAAACAAUGUUGCUGCGCGGUUUCACAGAGCGUGACACACAUGAGCUGAAAGUAGGACAACUGCAGAGCCAGUGGGAGGAGGGCAAACGCAGAGCUGACAUUUAUUAUACAUGAAGCUAUUUCAAAGUGCGAUGUUUGAACUUUUCUACUCUGAUUCUAGAGAGAGAGAGAUCCUUAUUUUAGAGAAACCUUUGGUGAGUAACUCAAAAUAGAUCAAACUUCUAGUUCCUGAGACAGAGACGAUGUCUUUAACUGAAAAUAUGACCUCUAAUCCGGCUGAAUGUUAGACAACUCACAGCAUGUUGUUGUGAAGAACUUAAUUACACAAGCAGUGAAUCUGACCGCUAAUAUUCCUCUUACUGAUCUUAACUGGCGGGCUGUUGAAGGGGCUUAUUUUUAACCUUUAAUAGGGACUUUGAAUGAGAAUAUAUUCUCAAUUCUUAAAAAAUAAACUUAUCAAGCUCUACUUUUUUUAGCCUAAAACCAGUGGACACAAGUCAGACUAUCAACGUAUCUAAAAAACAAAUUAGACUAAUGCUGUUAUUCAAAAACCUGGUAUGAAGGCAGUGUUUACGAUGAGCUUUGUCAUACUUUAAUUUGACAGAUUGGAAAUGCAGUUUGGCCAAGUAAACAGCUUUAAGACCUUUUUAACAUUAUCCGUGUUGAAUUUGCUCUGAGACAUCUAGAAGAAGUUAACCCCAAGUAGAAAUAAGAUUUUUUUUAAAUUAUUAUUCAAAGCUAUUUUUUCCUAUUUGUCCUUUACAUCAUUGCCUGAGGACCACGAAACAAAGAGAAGAUGAAGAAUAAGCAGCAGCUGCAAUCUAGCUGUAGCAGCUCUCAGACAGAAGUCACGUUUACAUGUGCAAAAUUUCUUGAUCUGAUUAAAAAUUUGAGGGAUCGGAUAAUCUGAAUACACUGUUUAUAUGGGUGCAAAAUCAAAUAAUCAGAUCAUAACGUGCGUAUACAUGUACCAACCUUUAUUCAGGUUAGAAGCAUUUGGACAUGCGCAGAAUUGUCUGAUUUCGCUAAAACAACAGCAGCAGAAGAGUUGUAUUUACGCCUGUGCUGUCAACAAACCAACAAACCAACAAAUGCGGUAGUGGCUCACUCCAUCCAAUUUCCCACUGUUAAAUGUUGUCACUAGAUGGCGCCCUUCCGUUCUUAUUUUUGUGUUUUGUCAUGGGCACAUUUCGGAAUAACGAUCGGAAUAGACCACCCCUCUUGAUCAGAAUAAAAUUUCUUUUAAGUGAGCUGAACUGGAUCAGAAUCUUCCGAUCGCCAUGCUUACAUGACACAUUUUUAUUACGAUCGCACAUUUAUUUCGAUUAUUUGUGACCAUGUAAACACUGCUAGUGGGUCCAAUGUUUUUAAACUGAUGUUCCAAGAUGUGCCAUGAAUCUGAAAUGGCACAAGAGCGCGCCUCUUUGGGGUGCUACUGAGUUAAACACAAAUAUUUUUCCACUGCUCUUUGAGUUGUUUUUACUCAGUCCAAUAACAUGAAAGUUCAACUUACGAAUCGUAGAGAAAACACUGGAGAACUCAGGGAUGAGAAGAUGCCUGAAGAGAAAGACGCCAUGAACCAACAAAGACAGAGGGGGAGCUCAGGAGAUAAAUACACAAAGAGAAAUCAAACACAGGUGUGACACAAGACACAGGUCAAACUAAUUAACAUCAUGAAAAAAGAGGGAAAUGCUAGAUUUGACACAAUGAAGGACUAUAAAAUAAAAGAGAAAUAUUAGACACAUGACACAGGAUACAACGACAACUGCAUAUAAAUGUGAUGACACAAAGUUAAACGACAAAAUAAACCAGGGACGCAGGACAAGACAGGAAAAAGUACAAAACAAACACGACAUCACACACAGGGGCUGGUGGCAGAGAUACAACAUGACUCUGACCAUUAUUACCUCCAACCUCUUCUCAGUUUGAUUGAUAUUGCGUCAGUGUCAUUGCUUUGGUUUCAUAACGGUCGUGAUAAUCCUGAUGGGUUGACAGUCCACAGAGUCAAAGUCAUUCUGCCGUUUCCCUCUGAAAAAAUGAGGGUUAAACAAGGUAACAGGUCAGCUUGAAGCAGACUUGAUUUCUCCUUCUGGCACAGGAUCAAGUGUUCAGAUGGUCACCCUUAAGGUCCUCUGUGAGUGUUUAAGGGUUGAUGUAAUCACUUUUCCUGCUCUGUCCUUCAUGCCCUCCUCAUAAUUCCCCCUCUCUAAUCUCCAUCCUGCAGACAAGCUGUGCUUCAACACUUUCUUCAACAAUGAGGACAUGCAGGAGAUCACCAAGCACUUUGUGGUCUGCCACGUGGACGCUCCAGGACAGCAGAUUGGAGCAUCUCAGUUGCCACAAGGGUAAGAGCUUACAUACAGACAGAGACAAAAACACACAUGCGUGGACAAUUUACCAUGAAAAGACUUAAAAACAGAGACCAGUGUAUAAACUAUUCUGUUUUACAGAUUUAUAUAUUAAUAUAAAUUUUCAGGGGACCAGCAGUUUGAUGAUGUUUGAGGUACAAGAAGUACAAUCUCAUAAACCUUAACUUAACAUGAAACUAAGAAAUCAAUUUAAAGGUGUUUUUGGACCAAAUUUUUUUUCUAAGUUUUAAUUUGAUCAAGAAUAAGAAAAAUAUCAAAGUUGUAGUAUUCAUGCCAAGUUUAAAACAAAUGUGAGGAGGAAAUUAUUUUAUAAGAAAAUGUAGCAUUUUUGAGAACUUUGUUGUCAUUUUAAAAAUGUUAUUUCACCUUUGAUCAUGAUGUUAGACUCAAGUCUUAAAUUUUGGCUUAGUUUACAGAAAAAAAAAUCCUCUUUUUUGCCGACUUUGAUUUAUUUAUGCUGGCUUUUAAUACGCACUAGUAUAGAGACACUAUUUUAUUGCAUUGUAUCUUAUUCUUUUUUUAUUGCUUUCAUUGCCUUCAUUGAUUUUAUUGCUUUUUAUUGUUUUUAUUUAUUCGUUUUUAUUUACUUUGUAUUGUAAAGCACUUUGGUUCACUUAAAAGGGUUGUUUUAAAGGGCUGUAUAAAUAAAAAACAUUUAUAUUUACAUUUAAUUCUUUGAAAUAUGAAGAAAAAAAAUACUCCAGUUCCCCCCCUUUUUCGCCCUGAAUUCUUGCCUUUCCUUGAUUUACUUAGUUUAUACAUUAAACAUAAACGUCAGCGCAUUGUGAUUUACAUGUUCGGUUGCACUAUCAUGUAACCUGUGUGCUCUCCAUCUACAGGUACCAGUACCCCACCAUGGACCAGCUGGCUGGGAUGCUGCCCACCGUGGUGCAGCACUUUGGGUUGGUGGUCUUUGUCUUUCAAAUCCGCUUGAUCCACGUGUAUUCACAGAGCAGACACAGCCGUUGUUUUGAUAGAGCCAUCUGCAGGCCCAUCAUGUCCUCUUUCUACUUACAAGCUGGCAGGAACUACAUGUCUCUUUUCUACAUCCGCCCCCUUGUGUUACAAACAUCAGCAGUCCACCACACCAGUGCUAACACCAUUGUUCAAAAUGAUGAUGAUGAGAGUUUUAGUAAAGUUCAGGAAGACUUACAAAAAGUAAUAUUUGUUACAUAAAUAUGCAUCACUAUUGUUGUACAAAAUCUUAUUAUUUAACUUUUAACAUAAAGUCUAAUGGACAAAUGACUUUUUAUAGAUUCAAGAGCAUUGUGGGGAUUGGAGUUGGAGCUGGUGCCUACAUCCUGGCCAAGUUUGCUGUGAGUCACUCUCUUAUCCCGAUACUCUUAUCAUGGACUAUAUUUUGCACACCGUAUUUUACAUGCCUCCGUCUUCUGUUCUCUCAGCUGAUCUUCCCUGACUUGGUGGAGGGGUUGGUUCUGCUCAACAUCGACCCAAAUGGCAAAGGCUGGAUCGACUGGGCUGCCACCAAGGUACCGAGGCUGCGUACUGGGGCUGUGGAUGGGUUCACGUUUUCUGAUAAAUCCACAUUCUGGUCCUCUUUGUUGUACUCACAGUUCUCUCUGUUUUCUCCUCAGCUGUCAGGUCUUACCAGUGCUCUGCCUGAUACUGUUCUGCCACAUCUUUUCAGCCAGGUAUUUAGACAGUUAUUUUUCACUUUUUCUGCUUCAUACAGAGAGACUCAAAGGGAUUAGCCUUACAAAAUACAGAUAUGUAGCAAAUAAAACAAUAUUUGGAUGAAUCAUUUCACUCUCUAAUUGUGAACGUCUUGCCUCACUCUUAGGUUUAUAUUUAUUUUUUUCAUCUCAACAAAUAUUCUGACUCAGUCUGUGUGUGUUUCUUGCAGGAGGAGCUGAUGAACAACACAGAGCUCGUACAGAGCUACAGGCAACAGAUCAACAACACUGUCAACCAGUUCAACCUGCAGCUUUUCUGGAACAUGUACAACAGGUGAAUGUCUAAUCUCUGACUUUUACUCUGACUCAUACACACCAAAACAAAGAUGCACUUUAUCUUGACAUUUAUAAUUCUCUACUCGCAGCCGGAGGGACCUGGAGAUGAAUCGCAGUGGGACAGUGCUCAACGCCAAGACCCUGAAGUGAGUCUGUGUAAAGAGUGUCAUUAUAAAACCCCUAAAAACUAACGAAUGGACAUAUUUUUAGGACAUCAUCUAACUUAUAAGCUGUGAGGAACUUCACUAUUGGCUUGACUUGAUAUUGGUGCCUCUUAUCUGUUGUCCUGUUAACUUCAAACUUAUUCGAACUGUUUCAUUUGAUAUGAGUUUGUGUUGUGUACAAAGUCUAGUAACCCUCACAGCCCUCACAGUGUUUUCACACAUUAAAAAUUACUACAGAAAAAAUGAUCAGACUUACUCAUGAUAGCAUUUUUUGCUUUUAAUGAGAAGGCAUCAUUAUCAGUUUAAGUCUGUUCAUUGAAUAAAUAAACACGUCCUUUAGUAACUUUAAGCUAAAUCGAAUUUUGAGGUUUUGGACAUCAAUGAAAUAGACAGAAAUUUGUAUUGAAAUGUUAAAAUAUCUAGAAGUAAACAAGGCCAUCAGAAACAAAGGUGAUGAUUUCUGUAUUGAAUUGACACAAUCUGAUUGGGUCGUCACUGGAGCUUUGAAUGAAUGAAUGACUGUCUGUGUGGCAGUCUCAAAACAAAUCAAUAAUCUCAAUGUUCCCACAGGUGUCCUGCGAUGCUGGUUGUAGGAGACAAUGCUCCUGCUGAGGAAGGAGUGGUGAGUCCUCCAUGUCUUUGCACUUGCUCUAAAAUCGAACAGUUUCCUGUCCAGUCAGCCACCCUCCUUCUCCAGCUUUUUCUUACUCACAUUUCUUCCUUCAAAGCGGUCCUUCUUCCUAGAAACAGGCUAUCUAAAUCUCUGAAUACUGAACCCUCUCACUUGCCUCUGUUCUUGCUCUCUUGACUCAUUUGUACUUGGCAUGAAAACCCAGUUAGUUUGUUCUCAUUCAGUAAAACAGAAACAGGUCAGCCAGCAGAGACUCGGUUCACUCUGCUGCACCCCAGGGACUCUGUGUGUGUCUGUUCUCUCUCUGUCCAUCCAUCUGUGUAUUUGUGUGUGCUAUGCUUGUCUUUGAUACUAUAGGUGUGUGUCUGUGUGUGUGUGUGUGUGCGCCAGUGUGUUCUCCGGUGGCCAGAUGGCCUCACUCUGUCUCUGGGGUUUCCUAGUUUGAAGUGGCCUAGAUAUUUAUGCUUCUGCACCAGUUAAUCUGCUCAUAUAAAAAUUGAAAUCAAAUCAGUCUUCUGUUGGAUGGAGAAAUGGGAUAGAGGUGCACCAAGGGAGGGCGGGCUGAGCGCUUGUUAUAAAACAUCUUCGAGAGACAGAGAGAUGGAGGGAUGGAGAGUGACAGGGAAAUGAAGGGAAACAGUGUGAGGAAACAAGACACAUAAACUGCGGUUGUUUUAUUGGAUGUGACAGAUGGAGGUCAUGUUGAUAUUUUAUAUCCGCUCGUACGACCGCUUCAAGCUGCUGCGUUUGCAACCACUUAAAUGACGCACAUUCCUUAACAUAAACAGAGAGAGACAGAGAAGAUAAAUGUGUCCAGAGAUGCAAAAAGUGUUUGACUUACAUGUGCUUACUCUACAACUUAUUCGCAACAGUUUUUUUAAAUGUUACAUUAACAUGUAGUUUUUAUUCGUGGUGUUUCAUGGUAUUUUAAGUAUUAAUACCAUAGACUGUAUAUAUUAUGGACAACUUGGUUCCGCCUCCUGCCUGUAUACGGAUUUGAAGCUGAAAAGCUCUUGGUAUUUCUGGGAUUUUUCUUCAUUUCCUGAAACCAGCGCUGUGUAGUACCGUUGUGCGCACUUGGCCGGCGUAUCCCCAGGUGAGCUACACAAUCCCUGAAUGCCCAUAGGCUGUAUCAGGUGUCAAUCAAAGAAAACAUGAACCCCCUAAUAACUUUUAAAAACGGAGCUUCACAGAAAAAAGAGGACUUGAGCACAAACCAGUCUUACAAUAACUACAUGUCAACAUCACAAGCAGGGGGGAGAAAAAUUUAUGUUAAUAAAUAACAUAACAUAACAAAUAACAAAGUUUGUCCACAGCUCCAUAGGGAUUGCUGAGGGAGGCGGGAUUUAUGACCUUUACUGCAGCCCAUCAACAGAGGGUGCUGUUCUCAGAGUGGCUUCACCCAGCGAGGAGGCAGACUCUGUCCAUUCUAUAUACAGUCUAUGAUUCAUACUCUCCAUGUUUGGGCUGCAAAAAAAUGUAUUUUGGCAGUCUGUUGAGGGAUUAUAGAUUAAACACAGCAGGAAGCUGCAGAGAGCAAAAACAUGCCGGUGUUUAUGUGUCCACAGGUUAGAGCUGUCAUGUGGUCAUGUAUCUGUAGACAGCUGUAGAAUGUGUGUGUGUGUGUGUGUGUGUGUGUGUGUGUGUGUGUGUGUGUGUGUGUGUGUGUGUGUGUGUGUGUGUGUGUGUGUGUGUGUGUGAGUGAGUUAGUGAGUGAGUGCACACUGCGGCUCUCAGCCUGCUGAAGUGACUCAUCUCUGCAGCACACUGCAGUAUCUGGGUCAAACACUCACUCAGACUCAGGCUUAUAUGGUCUCUCUCCAUCUAUAAUCUAAGGAUACUGAACACACCACGCCGUUCUCCUGCUGUGUGCACGCUGUAGACAUAGACAUUUUUAUUACUGCAGUAUUUGUUGUCCAUAUUAAGUUCAACAUGCUGUUUUUCUUUCUUUUUUUUUUAGGUGGAAUGCAACUCAAAACUGGAUCCCACCAACACCACCUUCUUAAAGGUAACUCUUCGUUCUUAUCUGAUCCCCAGCAUGCAAACUGUGCAGUUCAAUGCAGUCCUAUCAAACUUGAAUUAAGCAUUUUGAAAAUAUUCUACUUUUAUUAUCUUGCAACAAUAAUUAAUAAGAGCUAGACUGAGUGUGUUUAUUUAUGCUUUGGUUUGGCUGAGCAAAAGGUUUAGUUCAGAUCAGGAAAAAUAAUCCUAAAUUAAAGCACGUGUGUAUGUAUUAACUUAAAGCUCCUGUAGGAGAUUUUAGAUGAACUCUCCCACAGACUUAGACAAAUUGAAAUGAAUUAUUAUGUCUUCUUUUAAAAGCAAACAAAACCAUGAAUUAGAAUAAUGAUGAAGUUAGUUCUGAUGUCUAUAAAACAAUGACGGGGCGUAAGAUGUCAGGCCUUAUUUUCAUAUGUUACAUUUAAAGUGAGCAGGGUGAGAAUCAGUGUCAUCAAGUGUGCAUUAAAAAAACUAAAUUGGCAAAGAUAACUACAACCACAGGGGGCGCCAAAAAUUGACAUGAAGCAAAUAUUCCUCACAGAACUUUUAUCCAUAAACUAAAACAGACUGUUGGUUUCAUAUGGGAAUUGAAUUUAAGUCACUUGUACCCAUGUUUGUGCCGCAACAGUUGCCAGCAAAAGACCUUUCAGUCGUCAUUUUACAGUGUUUUAUUUUUAUUUCUUUAAUUUAUUCUGAUAAAUAUAUACAUAUUUUUGCUCCUCAUUCUACACUCUACACAUUUUACAUCCUUUUGGCUAACGCUGCUCUUUCUUCUCAUGGCAGAUGGCUGACUCUGGUGGACUUCCCCAGCUCACACAGGUAACACACAGUCACACAGAUUUCAAAUUCAUUAGUCUGCCCAAUAGUCAAAUGAAAUGUAAAACUCAAACAGAUCUCACAUGCAUCAUUUGUUUGUGAAUGUCUUUUUAUUUAAAUAAAAAAUAGUAGCAUUAAACACUCAUAUUUUGUUUUGUAGCCCGGCAAGCUGACUGAAGCCUUCAAGUAUUUCCUGCAGGGAAUGGGCUACAGUAAGUAUAUGUGAAAAAAAUAUAUCAUUAUACAUGUUUGUUCAUGUGUUUCCCCUUGAAGUUAUUCUGAAUUCAAAGUUGUAUCCACAUUGGUAAUGUCUGGGUGUUAUGUGAUGUACAGUAUACAAUGCAGAGGGACUUGAGUUGUGAUAAUCUUGCCCUCUGUCUCCCCUGCCCUGUUCUCUCAGUCGCUUAUGUGAAGGAUCGGAGGUUGAGUGGAGGGCCAGGUACUUCCUCCUCCCCGUUCACCUCUGACCUCUUAUUGCUGCCCAGUUUGAUGACAUUGGCAUUUUCAAAUUUUUACUUUCAUCCCUUUUUUUUAAACAAUAUUUUUGGCUGUUUUGAAAGUUUUACUUUUGCUAUCAUUUCCUGACGGACAUCAAACCACAUCUGAGUUUUUUUUUUAUUGGAAAAUAAUUUUUCCUCACAUGGAAAAAUAUAUUGCUGUUUUCCCUCCCCCCAUCCCUUUGCCAUUGCAUCUCUGAUAUUGCUCUUUGCAUGGCCUUGAGUUAGCUUUUAACCAAGCCUUUUGAAUGAGGUUAAUUUCAAAUGAGCCUGUCUUAAAACAAAAAAAUUAGAACAAUUAACAUAGCAACAAAUUCAAGGUAUUUGGAUUAGUUGAUGUAUUUCGAGUUGUUAGUAUGAUCUUGGAAAAUCCAGGUAACAAUCUUUUGUCAGUUUACACAGUAAAAGCUCUUAAAACAGUUAAGAAGCAGCAGUUUCUUACACAUUUGUAUUAUGAAGUCUUGGAGCUGGAGGUAAAUGAGACUGAACGUACUGUACUGAGCCCUGAGUUUCUCCUGUGCAUGAUGCCAAAAAUGUGUUUCCAUGGAGACACAUUUGCAGCUUCAAAGAGCUACCUUCACCUCUUACAGCUGUAAUGCGAGCCACAAAAAAGAAAUACUCUUGAGUUAUUCGCACUAGCAUGUACUUCCCAUAUUUCCCAAUAUCAUCCUAUCACACAGGUGUUUAAUGAAGUGCCAUGUUUGAUUGUUUCCUCCUCUCCUUCUGUCUUGUUUGUCAUAGUGCCCUCUGCCAGCAUGACUCGCCUGGCUCGCUCCAGGACAGCCUCCCUGACCAGCGCCAGCUCCAUGGAUGGCUCCCGCUCUCGGGCGUGCACCCACUCUGACAGCAGCGAGGGAGUGGGGACGGUCACCCAAACAAUGGAGGUGUCCUGUUGAGGACUUAGACUGCCAUAGAAAGAGAGAGGAAGGGGGUAGAGAACCAGAAAGAGGGUGAGGGAGAGAUGACAGUACAGAGGAGAUGGGCUGGGUGGAUUCAGUCAGACAUGGAGGAGUAAAAACAAACAGUAUUAAGAAGAGAAACGAGAUCGAAGAGCUCUUUCUGUCUUCAUCUAUUUCCCCCAGAUCUCUUUGUCCGCCACCAUCUUCCCUCUCCACUGUAAAAUACCAUAUGUAUUACUGCUAACACCCUCAACCACUCCGUCACCCAGCACUGAAAUAUUUAGGCCUCUGUUUUAUUCUCAAAGUGUCACUCUUGUGUUUGCUAAGUGUCUCCUUAUCCCCCCCACACCCUUUUUUUACCCCUCCCCCAACAUAGACACACAAGAAACAGUGUCGAAAACAACAACACACUGAUUUACCAUAAUAAGCUGCUUUUGACUGUGUAAUGUGAGAAAUAGCAAAGAAAGUGAAUUUUUUUCUGAGGGUCAGUAAUGACAGAGUUGUGCAAUGCUGAACUUCAUUUAGCUUUGGACCAAAGCGUACGCUAAAUGUAGUUCUAACAUUGCACCAGUUUGGAAGGUAUGUAUUAUUUUGUUGUAUGGACAAAAGGUGAGUAUCUCUCUCGGUGUCGUUUAUAAGGAUGGUAACUUCUCUCCAUGAAUGACAGGUGAGCACCAGGUGGGGUGUGUCGACACUUACAGAUUGCAGAACACAGCCAAUUGUAGCCGAGUACACCUGUAGUGCUUAGAGAGAGCUUAUAGUCGAAGAGUUUAGCUAGAGUAAAACACACUCAUUUAAAGCUGCACUUGGUAAUUUUUUAUUUUACAUCUUUAAACUGCAACAAAAAUGCAAAAUGAUGAUAUUUGAAAAAGGCCAAGGUGUAUCAGACAUUAGUUUGAACCUGGCUAGAACUUUUUCUUCAUCAACUUUGGAAAAGUAUCAAAAAUCCUGAUAUGAUUUUUCAUUCUAUUGAUAAUAAUUAGUGAGUGCCACUGCUGUAAAUCGAGCAGGAGUCGAAAAAGCUUUCACAUUACAGUCAAAGAUUCCUCAGGUUGGUACAGCACAGCAGGUUCUUGACUAUAAAGACUAUAAAGAGUAAUGUUUGUUGGGUUUCUCUUACUGUUCUCUCUCCACUCUGAUAAUCCGGUGCACAGCACUGCAGGAGCCCAAAUCGGUCCAAACAGCUGUCUAUCAAUCACAGAUGAAUUAAAUAACCCGACUAAUCAACACGUCUCAGAAAAUAAAAAAAACAAACACUUGGAUAUAUUUGCAUGUUAAAAACUAACUUUACUGACAGGAACCAUGUUUUAAAAGCAUGUUUUCCACAUUAAUGUUCAUUGAAUAGUCUGACCAUGGUUUCAACUGUUAGGAUUGUAAGGGGCAGGGUUCAUGACCUAUACUGCAGCCAGACAGCAGGGGGAGCUCUUGCUCUGGCUUCACAGUCUAUGAAAACUUCUGGCAUUUUUUGAGUGUAUGAGGUCUAUUUUUCAGACAAUCACAAAUCCACUGGUCAUGAACAGACCAAAACUGAACCACUGCACCACCAGGAUGGUCCGUCUGUUUCACUGUUUUGGCCUAAUGAUGUAGAGACACUAUGGCCAAGGAGAAACCAAACUACUAUUUGAAUGAUUUUUAAUUUUUAGCAGAAUGACAAUCUGAUUUGUAAGCAUGCAGUCUGUUUAUUGUUUCGUAUCAAUUAUGCAUAAUAAAUUCAAUCAAUGUAGCUAAUGUAGCAGGGACAUUUUAAUGGAUUACACAGUUAGCAUGCAGAGCAGGAGUUUACCUGAACUUCUUUACGAGCGGACAAUCACUCACCUUUGAUUAUUUUUUAUGAAAUCUGUAAUCUUGCAGAUUAGAGUCUUUAACUACUAAGGAUUUUUCAGAAUGCACCACGGUGUGCUAAAUAGCCUCUGAAUGUUUGUAGUCUAUGUAGCAUGUUAAGUGAGGAGUAAAGUUAUGCCUGGAAGAGUAAUAGUAUUCACAGUAAUGUCUACUCAUAUAUGUAGUAUAGCGAACUCACACCACACUAACCAGAAUACUACUGAUACAAUAAACCACCUUUUAUGUGGGCGGUAAUGAUCCAGAACCAGACUACGUUGAAUGGCUCAUCCAGUUUAAGUUUUGGGAGUGAGUCAUGAGAGCAAUGUUGCCAAGUGCAGCUCUAAAAUGUGUGUUGUGUCACAUUUCUAAGACAACCCAUGACAUGAAUCUAGAUUAGAAGAGGUAUCUAUUGAAUCUUUAUGCAUGUGAAUGUGACAGUAACCUUAGGGCAUUUUAGUAUCAGUGUAGUGUCUAGCAUUAGGGCGUUCUUCAUUAGCAAAUCAUUGUGGCUAUAGUUAAAUAGAGCCGUGGACGCAACCACCAUCAUCAGUCUGAAACUCCUGUGUAAGUUUCUGGCCGACAAUCAUACUCUGAACCAAAACAAACCAGACUAGGGGUACCGAGGUAGGACCAGAAUGACCCUGCAAACUGUCCGUGGAUCAGCACCAAAGAGCUCAGUGUAGACUUCUCUCACAGUGCAGAGCCCCUCUCCAAAGCUCACACGCAUGCAGAAGUAUCCACAACCGUACAUGUAUCUCGUGCACAUACGCAUUUCACAUUCUUGUAGUAAAGAAGAUGAGCUUUGCUGGAGAAUGAAUCCAAAGAAAACACUUACACAACAUAAUGAUCAAAAGGAAAUCCAUUGCAAUGUGGUUAGAUUGUGUUUUGAUGUGCUGUGUAAUCAUUAUCUCUCCACUUUAGUCGACGUCUAGACAUAGAGUUUUAGACUAGUGAAGCUGUGUGCUGUUAUCUGCUAAUACUGACCCACCUCAUCUCUGGUGAUCAACAAUGGGGUCUCCUGGUUUUCGGCUUAGUAAUGUACAGUAUUCAUGUAUCAUAGUCACCUCGUCCUGUCUGAAGUUUUUUCAAAAACACCCUUUGACCCCCUGUCCGAAGGGGCGUAGCUUCCAAUCGCUGAGGUGUGCGUUUCCCUGAGGUGGCCUGUAAGGGGCGGGGCUUUUUUGGAGCCAUUUGGGCGCCAAGCUCAGAAUGUAGGGCAAACCCCAGCCACCUUAAAAACAACCCCUUUCCCCUAAAAAAUCAUAAGGUGCCCCGGCACUCACAGGCAAACCCAGUCGCACCCUAAAGGGCUAUCAGCUGAAGUCACUUUUUAAAUGUUGGUAGAGUUAGACGAAGCACCAGGGGGCCGCAGAGAGGUGGGUGAGGGAACUUUUUUUUUCAUUCCAUCAUGGAGAGAGAAAAUUACCAACGACACUGAGAGAGAUUCUGGACAGAAGAUGGUGAAUGAAUGAAUGUUUAUGGGAAAGAAUGUGUUAAAGCCGAAGCUGGAGAGAUUAUUGUUGAGUCAUUUGAAGUAUCUGAAAAAGUCCAACUUGAACAAAAGUCCUGCUAUUUGGAGAGGAGCGAUUAUAACAUUAUUUACAAUCACAUCCUAAACACCAGUUCCUUUUCUUCGAACCUCAUGGAUGAAAUUCAGGAACGCUGGAGUUUGCAUGUAGCAUACACAACAGUCUUUCAGUGAUUUCUCUCUUCACAAAGCUAAUUUUUGCUAUCUUCACUUUGGUUUUCCUCCUACACAACUUCUAUCCAAACUGCCUGGGGGCCCCUGAAUGUAUUUUGUCCCUUUUGAAGUGCUGUACAGUAUUGUCAACCUACGCCUCUCUUUGGUUUGCACAUUUGUUCCCCCCCCUACACAUCUUCGACAUCUAACCCCAAAAAGAAAAAUUCCUCCGCCUUCUUGUUCAUCUUAAAGGUCUAUUAAAAGAGGAGUUCAGUAGCGAUUUGUGAGAGUCCACAGUAAGCUGGCACUGAUCUGGUUUGUACAGACCUUGGUCCUCCUUGCACUUGUAGAUACUUUUUAUUUAUAGAGCAGGUUACCAGAAUCUAACCCUCUAACACUACUGUAUCGUGUAAAAACUUCAACAUCUUUCUGUUUCUCUCUCUCCUUGGAGUUUCUGUUUUUUAUAGACAACACUAGAGUGUAACUUCAUAUUGGUAUAAUAUUGAUUCAUGUGUACUGCUACUUUUCUUCUUUUUACUGCCAUCAUGAUUGAUUUGUAUUGAGCAAUAAGUUCUCUUUAAUUCUCGUUUGGAUUGUUUCAUAUUGUGGGAGUCUCCCCUAUGAGCUUGUUUCUUUCACAACAGUAGAAGGACUCUUACCUGCUUUGUUGUCAUUCAAAUGUGUAAUGUAAAGUUUGAAUAUAUUCUAUAUAUUAAUACAUAUAACAAGUAAGCUGUCUCUGUCCAUGUACUGAUCAAGUAACAAGUAAGAAAAAAAUAAAGACUUUGUCUGAAUUUCAGGA